AGAAAGUGAGAGGGUGCAGUGGAGAAGGGAGUCAGGGAGGGGUGGGGGGGUGGAUGUUCCAGCUUUGUACCUGCCCUCCAGGUGUGCUCACACGUUAAGGAAUGUCAGAUACAGGCGAGCAAGGUCUGAGUCACGCACAGAACUCAAUAAAACUCCCUCUUUUCCUUUACUCUGAACUUCUCAAGAAAGAGGAGAGAAAGACUUGUCUCUCCUGAAAGAAGCGGUGAUCCUAAUUUUGCUUUUGGAGACUGUUUUUUUUAGUGGGUGAAUAGAUGCCAUCAAGGGUUAGGAAAGCUGCACAGAUUUAACGUACCUUUACCUUUUUACUGAACGGGAUUCAGAAAAGUACAACCUGGUUCUAUGGUUCUGAAACGGAGAAAAUUCACCUUCGGUAAGUCUAGAAGAAUAUUGUCCAAAGAGUUUGGUGUUUACAGCUUUUUGAGUCUUGCUAAAACUGAAGGGAUUGUUUUAAGUUGGAAGGUGGAAGCGACAAAAGUGUUUUGUUUAAAUGAGCAGAUAUAGUAGGUGCAUGGAAUAGCCUUCCAGCAGAGAUGGUUACAGUUAACGCAGUAAAGGAAUUGAAGAAUGCUUGAUCUGGUCUAGUGCAUAGGGCAGGGAUCGGCAACCUUCGGCACUCCAGAUGUUGUGGACUACAUCCCCCAUAAUGCUCUGACACCCAUAAUGCUGUCAAAGCAUCAUGGGAGGUGUUGUCCAAAACAUCUGGAGUGCCAAAGGUUGCUUAUGCCUGGCAUAGGGCAUUUGAAAAACAAAUAGGUACAAUACACAUGAGAUUUCUUACUGAGCAAAUUGUUCUUAUUUACCGUCAGAUUCUGUAUAUCUUCAUCUUCAAAACAAUAAAUAUUUUUUUAUAGCAAUGUGACAUUAAGUAUGACUUGGGGAUUCGGCACAAAGCAAGUUCUGUAAAAAUCGCACUGAAUUAGCCAAGCAUAAGAAUUGAAAGAAACAUUUGUUCUUUUAUUUAUCUUGCAUGACCACUUACUGUCGUUCUACGAAAUCUCUGCACUUCAAGGGUCCAUUACUAAUGCUGUCGUUAAGUGUUAGCGACCAGACGCUAAUUGCUAAAGUGGCUAUCGCUGACCUUAUCGUAUAGUUUGUUUCCAAAAUGCAAAAUAUUACCAUUGGCGACUCUGAAUUUCCAGCUGCCGUUGAUGUUAACAACUGCCAUAGAGCCUAACGGGAGCCGUUUGCAAGUACUCGCUGCCGGGCUAAAGUUUACCCUCAAUAUUUCAAAACUGCACUUGCCUGGUGAAAAGACACAAAAUCCAGUUAAUAUUUACUGCAAAAGCUCCAUACAUCCUUUAGGAAAAAGGCAUGCAAGGUAUUGCUAUGGACAAACAAAUCGAUUCAGUAGGCAAACUGUUUGUUCGUCCAUAGAUUGGUAGACAUUCGUUCGACGCAGUCAAAAUGGAUUUGUGCUCAAGUCUACCAGGUAUAUAGAAUUGCAUUUGAAUCCUGAAGAACGUAUCAACACAUAUUAAACUAUAUUGUACACUGCAAUUCAAAUAAAUGAAAAGACUAGAUAUGUGGAUUAGAAAUAAAGUCGUGGAAGGCAAUAUAUUAUAAUAAAUAAUAAUAAAAAGUAUUACUAGGUUAUGCAUGCAUUGCCAAUAUGUUACUGCUAAAACGCAGACAGUGUCCAUAGAUUAUAAGCUCAGAGACUUCCUCAACCCUAUCUUUUUUUUUGUGAAGCACUGCGCAAUUUGCUGGUCAAAAAUAAAUACUAAUAUUACUACAAUUAAUAUGAAUGGAAGUUAAUACACUUACCUCUUGUGUAACUUUACCCCACUCUCUCUAGAAUGUAAGCUUGUUUGAGCAGGGCCCACUACACCCUCUGUUCCUGUGCGUCAAACUUGUCUUGUUGCAAAAGCUUGUCUGUUAGUACUCCUAUUGUACAGUGCACACAGUUGUUGGAGCUUUAUAAAUAAUAAUAAUAGUGGUAGGCCAAAAACCAUGGGAAGGAAGAUUGUAGGUAAUUUGUAUCCAUUUAUACCUACUGACUGUUGUUUAUUAAAACAGUUUAUGGUAGAUAUUUACCAGCAGCACUGGAAACAGGAAGCAAGUCAGCCUCAGUGUGUUUAAACUCGAUCGUUAUUCAUGUGCUGCAUUUUCCCAUUGUACUGCGCUGUGGAAUGUGUUGGCGCUUUGUUAAUGAAUACCCAGUGGUGAAAGCAUCUAUUUUAAAAAGGCAGCUAGAAGUGCAUGGGGGAUGGUUAUAGAACAGUUUUUGACAUUGAAGUAGACUCCUGAACUGUAUAGGAAAUUAAUAAAGUAUGAAAUCGGUGUACAAAACAAUUAAUAGAGAGUAGACCGCAGGUUUUACAGCAGGUAAUAGUGCAAUGGGCAGGCUUUGCAUUCCUUAUCUGUCAUCAGAUUCUUAAUGUCUGUAUUUACUUAGGUAUAAUAAAUCUGUGUUAACCCAUGCAUUGCCAGUAUGGCUUGCAAUGCUAUUGCUUUUUGUUUUUGUGAACACUGCAUUCCACUGCUGAAUGUCAUGGUUGAAAAAGCCAAUUUUUUAUCCUUGUCUGAAGAGCUUGCAGUCCAUGUUUAUCUUAGUGUGACCGUGCGCUCAUACAAUGGUGGGCGUCCAGUAAGUUGGUGAAGGUUGCUAUUCAUUGUAGGCAGAGCAGGAUUAACCAUAAGCUGAUCUUAGGCAGCCGUCUAGGGCCCAGGGGUCAGACAGGGGCCCCCACAACCAUAUAUUUGGUUCCAUUCACCAUCUGUGUGUGAAACAUGAAUUGGGGGGCCUCAAACCAAUGCUCUACCAAGGGCCCCGUGGAAUUUUAAUCCGUCUCUGAUUGCAGGUGAAAUUUAGAUUGUAAGCUCUACAGUAGAAAGAUCUCAAUUGUUUGCCUGUUGUUCUUCACUGUCAUAUCUGCAUCCUAAUGGUGUUUUUUAAUUUGUUUUUUAACAUUUCUUUAUCGUUACUGUACAUGGUUUACACUGCAGGUACCUUAGGGAAGAAUACAAUUUUGAUAUUGUGAAUUGCAAAGUUGUCUUAAUCGAAGUUCUAACUCUCUUUGUUCUUAAUACACAGACAUGUUAGGGGUCAUACAAUGUGAUUGCUAGCUUUGACUUCUUCCUGUUCUGCAACUGCAAUCUGUAAGGAAGUGAUCAUGUACCUACUAAGUGAGAUCAGAAACUAUACCUGCAGGGAGUGACUUUUGUUACUUAUCGUUGUGGUGCAGACUACAUAAUAUGUUUACUUUAAUAGGAAGCUGGGCCUCUGAGUACUGCCGCUUUAAUAGAGAGCUGGGCUUCUGAGUGCUGCCGCUUUAAUAGAGAGCUGGGCCUGUGGGUGCUGCCGCUUUAAUAGGGAGCUAGGCUAGGCCUCUGAGUGCUGCCACAUUUGGUAACUGUUCUACAGAAUGCUGUGUUUCUGUUAUAUUUUGAGAUAGUUGCUGCUUUACCAUGAACCUGGAGCAUGCAAUGCUCUUACACUGACAGGGCCUGAGGCACACAAUGCAGCAGCUUCUAGUGGGUCCUUGGUCAUAGUUUGGGUCCAGGAAGCAAGGGCAUCCCAUCUUGCUAUUUUAUCAGUAAUUUGGGUUAUUGGCUGCUUAACAAGAUUUUCAGGCUUCACUGCUUUGCUACCAGUGAUAGACAGUGCUGCUACUUGAGAAGUGACUGAAGGCCCCAAAAGUGCUGGUUCUGCAGGAAAAAAAAAAAGAGACCACUUAACAUUGCAUUAUUGUUAGGGAUGAUGGGAGAGGCGAAGAUACGAUUUUAGUAGAGAGCAGAUAUCGCAUAAAAGGCCGUUUUCGUAUGGGAUUUGUCAUAGCUAGUUAGUAAACGGUCAAUGAUUUAGGUAAUUUUACUAUAACAGAUUAUUGCAGUAAUACAGGUUGGUGGCGAGUUUUUAUACAGGAAAUUACGUCUGGAAACAAUUGGCCCAGUAGGUACAAAUUUGCAAGUGUUGCAUCGGAAUUGAGGUGAAGUCUCAAAUCAGUCAAUUUAAUUAUAUGGAGGCAGAGAUAGCCUGAGGCAUCUUGAUUUCCAAACAAAUGCCGUGGGCAAAGAAAUCUCAAAAACACAGAGUUCAGACCCAAGGAACUUAGAGUCACAUAGCAAGGAAUUCUGGACACAUUAUUAAAUCAGGAGAUCACAUGUUAACCAUAGUCAUAUGGCACUAACUGAGAAAAUGGAAGGCCAGGUUUUAUACUAGGUGUGUUAUUUCACAUAAAUUAGCCGGAUAUCUCAACGGAGACGUUUGAAGUCUGCAGACAAAAUAGUUUUUUUCUCAACUUCUGAUAAGAGUUUUCUUUGAUAGGUCUCCGCUAAUUCUACCAAGUAGAAAGGUCACAAAAUUGGCAUUCUUUUAAUCAAACCCGUUGGCGAUGAUUUAAACCUCAACAAUAAAGUCUAGCAAUGGGGGUUCCGGUCAUGGCUAAUCAUCAGGAAUUUUUUCCACUUGUUGAAAAGGGAUUUUUUUAAUUCUUCUCCCUGAAUUUCAUAGACAUUCCCUGUUUCCAAGGAUGAAUCAUCUUUUUUCAAAUAGGCAUUCCCAUAAGCAAUGCUGCCACUACAAUGCUUGACUGCUGGGAUGCUGUAGGUUGGUCAGAGAGAAUUGUCAGCCUUUAAACCACAUCUACAUGUUUUUGAUUAAUGACUUCUGUCUCCACCAUCCCCCAAGACCUUUCAAGAUCACAAUUUGUAGAGGAACUUCUUUAAUUAUAGUGAGGGAAUUCAAGCUUCCAUAUUAGAUACAAGAUCUUUUUGAUCUUCUUGCAAGUUCAGUGAAAGCUUUAAAAUCACCAGAAUCAGUUAAUUGCUAGCUUGUAUACAUGAACGAUAUGGAAUCUGGGUGGUAGAAUCCCCUCUGCACGUGCAAAGACUUGGGAGUUUUUUGUUUUGUUUUUAACUCAGCUGCAAAGGCUAAUGGACACUUUGUACAUGUUCUUUCGGAUUUUUACUGGUUUGUCACCCUCUACGUGACCUUAUUUAAAAGCUCCUUCUAAGUUCUUGGCUGUAUCUCUAUGUGAGCCAGUCCUGGAGCUUUACUGUGAACAUAAAGCAAGCUCUAAUUACAUAGUCUGAAAAACAUGGAGAGAAACUUAACCCCUUAAGGACCAAACUUCUGGAAUAAAAGGGAAUCAUGACAUGUCAUACAUGUCAUGUGUCCUUAAGGGGUUAAGGACACUCCAAGCAUCAAAAUAAUUUCUUAUAAAUCAAGUGGUUUUGGUGCACAGAUGAUUUGUAGUUAAAUGUUGGCAUUUUCUUGAAAUUAACAUGGGAUAAAGCAAGGGAGGUAUCAGUCGAGGACCCUGCGAUAUACGGAGUGCCAAGAAGUUGUUCAGUAGCCACACACACUGGCCCAGAUGUUGAGCCACCAGUUCUACACUGUCAGUGUGUAAUAGUAAACCCUUCAUGUGAGGGUUGGUAGGGUAAGUUUUUCUUACCUUUUAGAGAGCAAAGAACGGGGCGCAAGAGAAUACUGAGAACGGGCAGCAGGUGAAAUAGCCUGCCCUUCGGUGGGUCCCCGCUUAGAUCUCAAGCUGGUUUUAGCUCAUUUUGUGCCAUUACAGAGAGAACAUCUCUGAAACAUCAGACUGGUCCCACCCAUAUGGGCAGUCCAGAUCCGAAAAGUCCAGCAAGUGCCCUCUGCACGAGAGACACAGCAACCCCAGAUGAUCGUUUCAGCCUUGUUAGGCAUCAUCAGUGAGGCAUAGCUGAUAUCUCUCUAGGCACCGUGAGUAAGGGGUCUACGUCUGGAUUACCCUUUAAACUUAUGGAGAGAAAAAAACGGGACUCUAGUGUCAAUGUUUUCGGUUGCAGGGUUAAAAUGACAGGAACAUUGAAAUUAAGUGGUCUGGGGGCCUCUAAUGUUCUUUUCAUGGUAAGCAUGGAAAUCUCAAAGUCAGUCAAUUGAGUUGCCUGUAAGCAGGCAUAGGCCCUAAAUCACCAAAAUUGAGUGUUUUUGGUAUAUCGAUGCUCUCCCCUUGCUCUAGCAAUAUAAAACAUUGCCACUUCUGAGAAAAAUCUAUAUGAACAUUUUGCAUAAACAUGGGCACUUAUUCCUUAACAGCUUUGAUUUUUGGUGUCGUCACACAGAGAAGCUUAUGAGAAGAGAUAUGCAUUGUAUUGGACAAAAGUCAUCAGAACUUAAGACGUCAUCAGAGGCCCUAGCCAAAUUACCUAGGGCUUUGUGGGAUCUAGGCAUCCCAGUAUAGGGCUCCCCUUGACUCCUAAUAUAGCAACACUGAAUAGCGCCAAUCUUGACCAAGCAGCUGCAUAACAUUGGAGUUCCUGUCUAACCUUGACCCUAGAAAGCUGCCUUAGGCUGAUUUAUGGCUAAUCCUGUAAUGAAAACAUGUGCUGAGUUUUGUGAAAACAAUUAAUUUUAAAUUUUUUGUAGGUAAAGCACAGCAAUGCGUGCGCUAACAUGUAACUAGAAUUUUACAAGUAGUGUCUAUUGCAAUUCAUACAAAUGUCACUUGAAAUGUUGACAACGUUUUCUUCACUUUUCUUUGUUUAAAAUAUACACUAUAGUCACCCAGACCACUUCAGCUCAGUUAAGUUGUCUGGGUGCAAUGUCGCUGUCCCACUUAGACCUGCUGUGUUAAAGCAUUGCAGUCAAUCAGACAGCCACAGAGGCACUUCCUGGCUGCUAACAGACUCUAGGUCCCCUAAAUGACGCUGGACAUCCUCAUGCUCUGCAUGAGGACGUUAUGCAUCAAUGAAAUCCCCAUAGGAAUCGCAUACGCUUGCAUCGCUCACCGAACAUGUGCCUUAGUCUCCCCCCUCCGUCGGAUGACGUUGGAUCUGCGGCCCCCAUGCCGAGGGACAUUGGCUCCGGAAUCGGGUAAGUGACUAAAGAUUUUUUUAAACCUUUUAGCUGCGGAGGGGAGUGCCGAGGGAGGAGACCAGAGGGCACUAUAGUGUUAGGAAAACAGAUUUGUAUCCCUAACACUAUCGAAUCCCUUGAAAGGAACACUAUAGCGUUAGGAAUACAAACAUGUAUUCCUAGUGCUAUAGUGUUCUGCUCACUAGUUGGAUUCUUGGGCGCUCCCUGCAAUGUUUAAAAAAAUAAUUACUUACCUUAUAUUCUGCGUCACAAUGGUGUCGCAGCGGUUGCCCUGCUUCCUUGACUGAGAUCAUUAAUUCUGCUGAUCUCAGCCAAUCCAAUGUUUCCCCACAAGGAAGCAUUGGGAGGCUAGUGUGUACGUGCACCAAAUCGCUACACUGCACCAAUCAAAUGCUCUGUAUGAAACGCUUCAAUUGGUUAUCAGGAAGACAUUUACUAGAGGUGUGUUUAACCCUGAGAUGCAAACAUUGCUACUUCUACAAAAUGGCAGUUUUCUACAUUGCAGGGUUAAAAGACAUGGACACUGCACUCAGACCACAUCAUUUAAUGUUCCUUUAACUUCCAGAAGUGAGUUUUACAUUUCACUUUUUAUUAUCAUUAUUAUUAUUAUUUAUAAAGCGCCAACAGCAGUGCUGUACAAUCGGUGGACUAACAGACAAAUAUUUGCAACCAGACGAGUUCGACACACAGGAACAAAACUAUUUCACAUUAUCGUCAUUCCUAUCCCUCAGAAAUAAUACCAGCCUCAACUGGAUUGAACCAAUUAUACAAAUUAAUCUACAAUCUUGUGAUUUCUUUAACUUUAGUCUUAUGUUUCACUUUUUUUUUUUAAAUUUAAGAUCAAAAUUAAUUUCAGGAUUUGCUCUAAUUCCAAAAAUUGAAUAAACACUCUAUUCUAUUUUGAAAAAUACAGUACAACUACACAAAGUGGCAUGAGUUAAAUUAUUUUUUUCAUAUUAUUCCCAGCACUCUGAAAUACAGCGUCAUGUAAGCCACAUUCCUAUGUUACCCCAGUGCCAUUGCUAUUUAAAUCAAAUCAGACUUAUUUUUGUAGCAGUUUUAUUAUGCCGCUGGAAGGGACACUCCAUCGAAACAUUUGUUGAACAACUUAGUGUUUAGAUCCCCAAAGAAAGCAUGCAUGUAAUUGUUUUUGCAUGUUUUCUUUGGGGGUGUAUGAAAACAUUGCUUGCAAUAGCUGCAGAUCUAGCAUCUGCAGCGAUUGCUUCUUCCCCUUGCGCAGCCUUUCUCGUGUCAGUGUCUGUUCAAUCAUAGACUUAUAUAUGUUUUACAGGUCAAUGAAAAGCCUUUGCAAGGCAGGUGCUAAGGGCAAGCGAGCUUAGCUCCAGGAAAAAAACACUUCCUGCUUGUCUGACAGUGACACUGGAAUAUAAACGUGCCAAUUUCUAUUUCUGUUGGCACUUUUAUAAAAUUACAUGGAUUUUAUAUAGUGCUGCCGUAUUCUGCGGCGCUGUACAAUAGGCAAAAAGACAAACUCUUAAUUUUACCAAUCAUGGUUGACAUACUGGAACAGUAUGAGCUUACAAUCUAAAAUGACAAAACGCAACAAACUCUUCACACAUAAAGCACUUAGCAAGCUGAAGUGCUCUUUUAGGACAGGGCUGUCCUGAAAGGUAGAUCCCCAGAUGUUUUAAAAAUAUAGUUUUGCCAUUCUAAAGGAAUGCAAAGCAUCAUGGGAGUUAUAGUUCUACAACAUCUGGGGAUCUACCAAACUGGACCUGAAGUGCUACCAAUAACAUGAUACAAAAAUAUGGACCCCCCUGUUUUACAUUACUGUUUUGCCAGUGAAAAGGGAAAUACUAUAUGCACCAUAAUCACUUCAUUAAGAUGAGGUAGUUUAGAUUUUUACAGUGUCCCUUUAAUUGACAUAUUAUUUUACAAACCUCUUUUUGUGCGUGAGAAUUUUAUCUACUCUAGAAUAGUGUUCUAGUUAUCCACUGCCAUUCCUGGAUUUUAGAGAUUAUUUCUCAGUUUUACAUCAUCCACUACCCAUUAAAAAAGGACCGUAAUUUGGGGGGAAAGGCAACUUUUUUGUUUGUUUCACUUUCCACUUCAAAAUCAUGCUAUAUUUGAUGUCCCGCUUAUCAAUACUCGACCAUGGUGUCUGCGCCAAAGUCUCUCUCUUUUUUCCGCAGACUGUUCAGUGAUAUAGCCGCCCAACCAAACAUCAGUCGAAACUUAAUGAAGGGGUGAAUAUAGGAAUGUUUUGUCUGGUUAUAGCAUACAAAUUUAUAACCAGACCCCCAGUAGUAGGUCGUAAACUAAAACAAUACAGAUCCCACCCUGUCGCCUCUGUCUGGGAGAGGACUAGAUCAAGAACCGCUAAUCUAAUUAACUCCCAGACAUCAGCUUUUCUGUUGAAUUAGGAGGGUCUCAUAACAAGUCUAUUGUGAUAAAAUAGCAUGGCUUAUUUAAAAACAGUUGUCCAUUAGUUCCUUCUGAUUUAAAAAGAAUUUUGGAGAGAGAGAGAGAAAAAAUAAGGAUGGAUAGGAAAUCUGAACACUUGUUAAAAAAGCAAAACGAAAAAACAAACAAACAGUUUUUCUCAUACUACUCCUUGUAUACUUUAGGUCCUGAGGGACUAUUUUACACCCUAGCUUACUGGGUGAUUGAUUCCAUCCUUCAGUUGAGCUAAGUUAAACAAGAUCCUGAACCUUUGAAAGUAGAGAUCAGGCCUGACCUUCCUAAAAUGUUGACGGUGCCUCCUCGCAGUUAAUUGUUUAUAGUAGAUUUGUAAGGAACCACACUGACACUGUGAGCUUUGUACAUACCUUGCGCACAACCAGUGGUAAAAAUUAAACACUACAAUGUAUGAAACUAUUAUAAACCUGGGAAAUAUCUGAUUAAUUAUCAGAUAUUAUUAAGUGCAUUCUCACUCAGCUAGGCCAUCGGUGUAGACAUUGCGAACAAUGAUAGUGAAUGAAAUCAGUAGGAUAAAAGUACAAAAUUGCACUUGCAGAUAAAUACCAAAAUCACUGGUAUAACCACUGUUAUAGUGGAGAAUCAGAGAAAUAAAAGAUAUUAGGUCGCGCCAAAAGUUAUUGGAGAAUAUAUAACAAUUCGUGUGUAAAAAAUAAAUAAAUGAAUAUAAAAAGGUAAAAAAGAGCAACAUAAAAAGUACUCACAUAUACAAUGGUAUAUAAUAACAAAAAUAAGUCCUUAGAUGAGUAUAGGGUGGUAUAGUCCACUUGAUGAGUUGUAAAAGGAGAUAAUAAUCCAAACGAGGAAGUAGUCAGGAGUUUCUUGUUCCAAGUAACGGUAUAUAAAAUAGAACAAAAGGAAAUUCCAAUAGUGUAAUCUGUCACUUAAAAUUCCUUGCGUGAAUUCAAGAUAAUAGAGUAUCCCACUCACCUAUUUGAGAGCUAAGAUAAGCUCAAAUAAACUUCGCAUCCAGUGGUAUAGAUCCCCCACUGAUGGGAUAUAGGCUUGUGCACGUAGAGAAAAACCUCGGAGAAAGUGGAGAAUAACACACAAUAGUGCUCACUGUAUAAUAAAUGUGACGUAAAUAUAAAAGUAUAUAGGCUACUCACAUUUAGGUGAGCAGGAGAAUACUGCUCACUAAUAUAGCGUUGGUGGUAUAGUCCCCACCUAGGAUUCUUGAGUACAAAUUAAAAAGAGCAUAAAAUAAAAUAAAAUAAAAACCAGGUCCAAGAGUAAAAUAAAUGAGAAUAGAAAGUAAAAAUUAUAGGAGUAUGGCAAAAAGAAUAUAUUAGCCAAUAAUCCUUUAUUAGUGCAAUAUAAGAUAAUACAAUAGAUAAAAUAGCCAAAACGCGUUUCGCCACACAGGGCUUUAUCAACUGGCAAUUGUAGAAACAGAGACCUGGUAUAAAAUGGUUUAUAUAAACUAUUAGCCCAUUAACAAUUUUGAAAUUGGCGCCAAAAUUACGUCAUAAUUUAUGCACGAAAUAGUUCAUAACAUAUAUGUGAUUAAAAAUAAGUAUAACAUUAAAUCCAAUUUUAGAGACAUAUUAUUGGGUUAAAAGACAUGUUAAUAUAAUUUUAUUAUAAUAUAAAAACAUUUAGAAUUAAAAAGAGAUAAAACCGGGUCAUUUCCGGUUUUAGGCGAUCAUAUGACCGGAAAAGUAGUGGAAAAGUAGUUUGUCUCUAACAUGGAUACUAGUGCAUUAUUUAUUGUAGGCACUAUAACAGCUUCACUUUAUUGAAGUGGUUAUAGUGUCUGGCGUGUCCUGGCGCUGUCUUUCCAUUCAGAGUCAAAUCAUUUUGAAUGUUUUAAUGCUAAAUGAGAUUCCCUACCCGCCUAUCCCCUCUGUGCUACUUGGGCUAAGACGGAAUCAUUAGCUUGAUCAGCAAUGGGCGGCUGUGAUUGGCUGAGAGUGUCAGCUGACCACAUUCAACCUUUCACUGUGCUAUUACUGGUAUGAAUCGGUAUGGCUACAAGGAAGUGUGUCAUUUCUGACAUAACCACACCUCCACAGGUGCCGGGCUAUGGGAGCCAGAGACCCUCAUUCAGUGUUGAACUGCAGCUGCUCCAAAAUAUUGGUCAAAAAUACUGAAUGGAAGGACAGUGCUAGGGGACUCCAGGCACACUAACCAAUUCAAUGAGAUUAAAAGGCUAAAGAGCCUAUUGUGUCCCUUUAACUGAAUGGUUAAAAACAGAGACAUAUAUUUGGAAUCUGAAAACACAAGUCCUUCGAUUGGGAUUCCAUGACAGUUCUGCCUGUGACUAUCUUCCCCUAAGGUGACACCAAAAUGGAAGCAAUUUGAUGACCAGUCAGAACUCUUUUUCCACACACUGCAUUAAGUUGCACUCUAGAAUCUCGUAGUUUAGUUUAGUGAUACAUAAAUGAAUGUUUUUCUUGAAGCGUACCUCUUGAAGGAUACAUUGUAUAGCUAUAGCUCCUCUCUGAGCUCCUCUCAAACAGUUAUUAUGCAGUGUGCUAUAUAAUAGUUUCUUUUCAGGAAUGAAAAAUGUGUUUUGUUCAAAGGAAGGAGGAACCUUAUGCACUUCAUAAUAACCAAAAAAUUAACAGUCUCUAGAUUUUUAUAUAUUUUUUUGGCUUACCAGCCAUAUUGAUUCUCUACUUGGGAGGUUCGUAGGCAUCCACUGCUACUGUCUCUUUGUCUUUGUGUCCUUGGUUUUGUAGGCAGGACUACACGUACAUUUUAUUUCAGGUGAAAUGGCAGAUUUACCAAAGCUUAGUUUUGUAUGAGAAAUCUUAAUUUAUUAGGUACCUUUCAACUCGGCUUAUAGACAGAAAGGAGAGUUGUAGGUUUCUCAUAAACCUGUGGAGAGAGGCUUAUGGGAAAAGGACUUUUCCCCAUAUAGUUUCACUUAUUAUCCUCUAAGUGGAUGUGGGCCCUUCCAACACCAGUAAAAACUAUGCUUCAUAAACAGGUGUCCCAGUCCCAAAAAGAGACAAACUGGGAACAUUUUCAAUGUCAGCUGUCAUUCACUAAACUCCAAAUGAAAGGAGAUUUUAUUCCAGAUAGCAAAAUUUGAGCUAAAUCAGUCACUCUGUAACUGUAGAUCAGCAGGAGAAUAUUUCCAGUUCAGCAAUUUUUUUUCUAAAUCCAUAGUUGCCAAGUGUCCCAAAUUUGCUGGGACAGUCCCAUAUCCUGGGCGCCUGUCCGAGGUAAAAUGAUACCAGGGGCAGAACUACCAGCAGCCCCAGAGCCCACAGGAAGGAGGCUGUAAAUAUGUUUCCUUUAUUUGUUUCUCUCUGUGUAUCUGUGAGUGUCAGUGUAUGUAUCUGCAUAUGUGUGUGUCAGUGUGCAUGUGUGUGGGUUUUGUGUCUGUCAUUGUGUAUGUGUCUGUAUACGUCUGUGUGCGUACUUGCCACAAAGUGUCCCUGGAAUUUGUUUUUCAAAUGUUGGCAACUAUGAAAUUUACUGUCAGUGAGAAACAAACAUUGGCACAAAUAACUUGUAAAAAGUGCAAGAUGAAAAAUAAAUUACACACUUGAUAAACACAGCUCAGAAUGAAAAUAUUCUAAACGUGAUGUUGGAAUAUCGUUGAUGCAUUAGCAACAAAAAACCGUCUGGGAGACUCGAGUUACAUCAAAUUAACAAACUACAUAAGAGUCGGUACCAAACUCUGUAAUUUGCCCAUUCAUCACGACACGUGUUCUCCUUAAGAACGAUUUUAUGUAUGUUCCAGAACUGAACCAGUUAACAGAUGAACCACACCCUGCAGCCUGAGUACUUUUAUGAAAGGUUUAUGGGUGUGGCUCCCUCUGUAACUUUUAUAGUGUUGGACUGAAUACAGUACCUAUAGGGCACACUGUCUGCGAGCCUGUUAUCAUCGUUGGCAGACAAUUUUUUAUAGUAUUUUUCAAUAUGCAGAGAUUGUUUUACUGAUAGUGUUUUGUGCUGAAAUAGAAUUGUUGUGAAGCACAUUGCAGCUUCGAGCUUUCAGGCAUACGUUUUUCACAUUGUCUAGCACAUAUCUCCCAAUAGUCCUGAAUUCAGUGAGGCAGUCCUGAUUUUGGGGUAGUGCCCCACCACCCAGGGUUUGAUGCCUGAUGUGAACUUCAGGAUCCCUGUCUCACGAUCACGGUUGUUUUCGUUUACCAUCUAGAUUUUGGAAACAUUCAAAAAAAGUCUAAAAAAAACAUAACUUAAAGGGACACUCCAGACCCCUAGAGCACUUUAUCUUUAUGUGUGAAGAGUGUGUCUUCUUUUUUCAUUUUUCAAAAAGUGCUCAUUUUACUAGAAACUGACACUUUUAUAAAUUAAAAAAAGAAGAAGAAACUUCUAAGGCUCUGUGUAUAUACCUAUGGAACCACCCCAAGAAAAAACAGGGUAGUAGCUGGUACUACACAGAGACUUUAGUACCGAUAAGAGACUCCAGGUGUCUCAAUAGGGGCCUAACCCCGAAUUAAACAGAGAACAAAAAACCAUGCAAAGAUGUAACCAGUCUCAGUGUAAGGACAUUCCUGGGACUAGUUACAUCACCUGGAAAUAAAUAUAGCGAUGCAGUGUAAUAAGAGCCUAGCUACCGCAUCUAUAGUAAAUACUGUAAGAGACAAGCUAUCCAAAUGGUCAAACAAAAGUAUAUACAGGUGGUACUAGUAAUUCUAUGCCAACCACAGAGGGAAAAUGUGGGAGUAUAAAUAUAACAUACAUAAUAGUUCCCCAACCCUGAAUACAAGCUUUAUUAUAGUAUGCUAAUUGGGAAUGAGAAACGCCAAAUACCUAUACCCCAGUCAUAGAAUCCUUCUGGGAAAUGUCUAAUAUAAUAAUCUUGUAAAGACCCAAAGUAGGACUACCUUUAGUCCAAAUAUCCAAGAGAUAGUUAAUUAUAAAAGCCUUAUCAAUGAAUUAAUGUUCAUAGAAGGGCUUAAUUGUAGAUCAGUAAUUCUUUGGAAAACAAAAAAAUAGUUGUAAGAUUAAAGGUCCAAUGUCAUAUAGGGAGAGGUAUGAAGUGAUAGAUAGUAGAAAGAUCAGUCUAUAGCAGACUGAUAAAGUUCGAUUAUAAAGCCUCUCUCCCUGUUAACCUAACUAGACAGGCAUGGAAAGAAAGAGAAAAAUAAAUAAAAAGAGUAAAAAAUUAAUUAAGUGACAAACAUGGUGCUACAACCACCAGUGCCCAGUGCUCAUAUGAAAGAUAUGAGAAAAAAUGCCCAACGCACGUUUCGGUGCCUAAAGAGAUGCACCUUCGUCAGGGCCUGGAUCUUUCUACUAUCUACACUAUCUACCUAGGUCCUGCCUCAAUUUUUGGUGUUGCUAAUCCCGAAGUUCCUACUUCCAUGUUAGUAAGAUCUAUUCUACCCAUGCUUGGACUGAAUUCAUUGGCUGACAUCGUCAGCUGACACUUAGCCAAUAAAGUUGGUCAAAAUAGGGCGGAAUAAAUAUAUACAACUAAUGUCAAAAGGGAACGUCUGCUUUAGAUAUUUCAAAAAUGGAGGGUCACAUGGUAAACGUCAAACGGAUCAAAUACAUUUUGACUACUUACUGAGGGUUGUUGCCAGAGGGCUCCUAGUACCAUAACCACUAUAGCAGGCUGUAGUAGUUAUGGUGCAAUAACCAUACAAAAUAAAUAAAUACAAAUUACAUUAGAAACAAUUGUCAUAAUAAAAAUGUAAAAGGGCUUGUAUUUUGCUUUCAGACUGUGGAAAAACAGGACCCGGUGCCAAUAAUAAUAUAACUUUCACGUGACGGAUAUGGUAUUUUUCCAGUGAGGUGGAGACCCUAUCAGAUAGCUAGAGGGAGACUUUUUAUUGCAGUCAGUCAUAUUUUUCCUCACAUUCCUGUCAGUCAGUAAAAUAACAGCAUAUGAGGAUCAAAGCUUUGCAAACCAACAUCUUUUACCUGAACGUUUCCACUGUUGUCAACAUAAUUUAAAAAAGGAAUUGAAUGCAUUUCCUUGCGUAAGUUAUGGUAAGGUUGCCAGCAUCUGUGAUGAUGUGCAGGAAUUGAAAAGUGCUACCUUGUAAAAUGCACAUUCUGCAGGUGAAAUUAAAAACAAUUUUUUUUUAUAAAGGCAGGGGCUUAUAGAUUGUGCAUACCACAGGAUAGUACAUUUUGUUUUACUGACUUUAACAGUGAAAAGUGAUAUGUGGUAAAUAUAACAGCCGGUUUCCAUCCGGGGAAACCAAGGAAGAGAGACAUCAAACAAUAUAUGUAUAUGAAAGUUAUACCAAAUUUAUUGUUCCAUCAAGUACUGAUUACAAACUAGAGAGGCACAGAACAAAGCGCUAUGGCCUUAAAGAGAUGCUAUUGUGCUAGGAAUACAAAAGGCGUAUUCCUAGCACUAUAGUUACCUCUUGUCUCACCCCCACCCCCUUUAUUUACUUACCUGAUUCCAUUGCCAAUGUCCCUCGGCACUGGAUCGGUGCUCAGACGUCACCUAAAGUGCUCUGGAUGUCCUAAUGCAGAGCGUGAGGACGUCCAGCGUCAGACGAGCAAAAGUCGCCUAAAGCACCUCUAGUGGAGGCAGUCUUAGUUCUGCAAUGUAAACAUUGUAGUUUCUCUGUACUGCAAUGUCUGCACCCAGACCACUUCAAUUAGCUGUUUUUGCCAGAAGACACUCAUUUGAAAACUUGGGACAAAAUAGCCAAGUUAGAAAAUUCAAAGUCAAUUCUGUUCUCAGUUUGGCUAUUUUUGCCCUAAAUUUGAAACUCACAUUGAGUUCACUUUAUUUCAGAUGGAGAAGCCAUGUUGGGUGAGAUUGUACUGGUACCUAACCAACUGCUGCUUACUCUAACUCGGCUUCUGUUUUGAUUGCUUGUUUGCACAGACAACAGUAGACUCUGACCCAACACGGCGGCUCAGCCGGAUAAAAAGUGAAAUAUUUGUCAAAAAUAUUUUUAAAAAUGUGCAUCAUUAAAAAAAAAAAAAUCAAUAAAAAAAAACACAUUGGUUUCAUUAAAUUGCGUAAACUUUUUUUUUUAAAGUGAUAAUUUAAUGACAGUUGUCCUUUAAUGAAGUUAAUUAAAAUAAUCAGAUUUUCAUGAAUGAAACUAUUCAUAGUCUAGUCUGCCAUGUUAAAAAAAAAAAAAGAGGAUGUAAAAAAGCUUUGAUUCACUUGUCCAGUGAUGUGGUGGUGUGGUGGGGAGACUAUAACAGGAACAGAGAAGACCUGUCAUACUACAACGUCCGAUUUAGGAAAACUGUGAAUAAAACUUACUCUAAAAAAUAAGCAUGUCACAAAGACACUUUAGUUUCACUGGCCCAAGUAAUUAAUCUCCCACUGUACAGGGAUAGCAAAAAUGCAGGAUAGCAGGUAUAUCUAACUGCAUUAGUGGACUAGCCUCCAACAAGGCAACAUUGAACUUAUGGUGACAAAACCAAAACAAUGUAUAAUGCAGGGUAACAGGUAUGAAACUUCAAAAUAAAAUGUCACCUCUCAAAAGGUUGGGGAACGAUUUAGGAGAACAGUGAAUAAAACUUACUCUAAAAAAUAAGCACACUCUAACUUAAAUUGCCCUGGUAUGCAGAUCUAUGCAAAUAUAUGCAAAUUCCCUAUCUUAAACAUUCAAGGAACACUAUAAUGUCAUAAAUACAAACUUGUAUAUUCCUGACACUAUAGCGCUAAGAUUGCCGUUUAGGUGUCUGGCCUCCCUGUAAGAAGCUUGAAAGGGGAGUUAGAUUUUUCUCACUUUUUUUGCUCACCCUGGUUGUUUUCCAACAAGAGGUCAUUGGGCUUACGUAGCUUUUUUCCCCCCCACAUUUUAUUUUACAAACACUCUGUUAUUACCUAACACUACUCUACAUUUGGGCCUAUUUGAAUCUUGUGGCUACUGAAUAUCUUCAUAUAGCACAUCUACCAUUCUUAUUAUCCAGUACAUGACAGGUGUAAUGUUGCCAUCUGGGCAGGAGGAGAUAGAUAAAACCCAGAACCACCCCAUUUAUUGUACCACUCGACUUAUGUUGUACCUAUGUUUUAUUCUGCCUAAUUAAAUAUAUAUUUGAAACAAAAGAAGGCUGAGAGCCGAACUACAUAUCCCAGAAACCCCUGCUUUACAGAGAUUUAUGGGAUAUAUGUAACAUUAUGGGGGGAAAGAUAUUGGCUGAGAAAUCUUACAGAGUUAUUUAAUAUUCAUAUAAUAUAUAUAGAUUUCACUGCUCGUGAAGGUUACAUUUAGAGGUUUGGUUUGGAUGUGUACAGUGAAUAUGAAGUUUACAAACCAAAAAAUUGCAUAUUCUCUCUGGUUUAAGAACCUUCACUUUUUUAACACAAAUAAUUUCAGACAUUGACACCUGGUCCUGAGACAGCAUUAUUUCGUAACAUGACUGAAUACCCUGCAGCCAUUUUAUUGCAUGUCGAGGCACUACAUUAAAUGUCUGAUUAGCAGAUCAGCUAAAGCAAACAUUCUGUAAUACAUAAUUGCAAUGGAAUGUUUAACAUACAUUUGACUAAAUAUAUACACAAAAACACGCUGAAGCAUGCUGAAGUGGUUAUGGUGCCAGGAGUGUCUUGGCAUACCCCAUUGUAAGGACUCUAACCAUUUUAGAGCAGUUUAACUUUUUAUGAGGGUGGGCUUGGGAUGGCGCCACACCCUUUAUCCACUACAGCUCAGUGAGUUAACCUCAAUGAGUGCAUAUAUCGCUUUUUGACUAAGAGCGAUCAGCUGAUACUCUCAGCCAAUAAGCUAGGCCUACACUGCAGGGCUUAGCUCAGGAGAGCUAUUGGAAGCUCCUGAGCUGGACAUUUUAGCUCACUGUGAGCUAUAAUGUAAGCAGGGAUUUGUGAAGGUGUUCUUUUAAAGGGACACUAUAGUCACCUGAACAACUUUAGCUUAAUGAAGCAGUUUUGGUGUAUAGAACAUGCCCCUGCAGCCUCACUGCUCAAUCCUCUGCCAUUUAGGAGUUAAAUCCCUUUGUUUAUGAACCCUAGUCACACCUCCCUGCAUGUGACUUGCACAGCCUUCCAUAAACACUUCCUGUAAAGAGAGCCCUAUUUAGGCUUUCUUUAUUGCAAGUUCUGUUUAAUUAAGAUUUUCUUAUCCCCUGCUAUGUUAAUAGCUUGCUAGACCCUGCAAGAGCCUCCUGUAUGUGAUUAAAGUUCAAUUUAGAGAUUGAGAUACAAUUAUUUAAGGUAAAUUACAUCUGUUUGAAAGUGAAACCAGUUUUAUUUUCAUGCAGGCUCUGUCAAUCAUAGCCAGGUGAGGUGUGGCUAGGGCUGCAUAAACAGAAACAAAGUGAUUUAACUCCUAAAUGACAGUGAAUUGAGCAGUGAAAUUGCAGGGGAAUGAUCUAUACACUAAAACUGCUUUAUUUAGCUAAAGUAAUUUAGGUGACUAUAGUGUUCCUUUAAACUCAGACUCUUUACAACGGGGGAGCCAGGGCACAUAUGGAUUAUUUGUUUUGUAGCUUUUUGUCAUAAAUGUCACUCAUUAUACAUUUAUACAAUAAAAACAUACCAUAAUAACCUUUAGCACAAAAUAUUUAAUUGGGAAAUUGUUGUUUUUUACAAGUCAAUAUUAUUUAUUAAUAAAUGGAAUGUAAAUUGAAAUAUAAUUAUUUCUUUUAAGUUCAUACAAUACAUUUUACUUAAAAUUUAAAAAAAAAAAUAUAUUUUUUUCAAUUCUAUUUUCUUUUGCUCAUUAUAACCAAAUAUAGAUGAUGGCUUAAAUUCUACACCACCACUAGCCAAGUCCUAAAUGUUACUCACCACUGCAAAGCUGGAGGGUGUAUGGCACUCUCACCAGUCACCAGGGAUAACCCUCUACUAGCCAAUGGCUAGUGGCAAGCAGAAAUUUUAAACCAUGGAAUACAGACGCAAUAAAUUAUGAUACAUUUCAUGUUUAGCCUGUGACAUAAAUAGGUAACAAAUAUGUUUGGUGCAGCUUACAACUCCAAUUUAACAGCAGGCGUCUAAAAACAAGAGAUUAAGAAACAAAUGAACAAUUCUGAGCAUGCGUGGGAUAGGCAUAAGGCUAUCCUAGCUAUAAGAUAAGGCCAGGGACUAAUGAAAGUAUUUAGAAAAUUGGGCAGACUAGAUGGGCCGAAUGGUUCUUAUCUGCCGUCACAUUCUAUGUUUCUAUGUUUCUAAUUUUAAGGUGACUUAAUUAUUAAUAUUAUUUUAACCUGCGUGUCUCCUAUUUUGCUAUCCCAUCGCACUGUUGUACAUUUUCGAUGACACAAAUAAAAGCCGUUUGAACCCUGAAAAAAAAAAUAGUUAUUAAUAUUAUUUUAUUACUUGUAUAGCGCCAUCAGAUUCCGUAGCGCUGUCCAUAAUAACAAUUUAUGCAAAUAAUCUAAUUUAGAACAAGAAGAAUUUAUCUUAUUUACACAUUUAGACGUCACUCUGAGUAUUAUUGCUGUGGAGCUCUGUUAUACUCUCAGACGCACCAACAAUAUGGAGCUUGUAGAAAAGAUCGACAUUAGGAUAGAAAAGAGAGACAAAGGUUUUUGGGUCCAAAAUAGGGACUGUCCCUCCUAAAUAGGGCCACUUGGGAUGUAUGCCUUCACCUGACAAUAUCAAUACCUGAUAGGUGACAAUAUGGUAUUCCUGUAAACUCUGAGGCUUGUCCGUCUCUGUAGUGUUGGAAUCCAUAUAUACCAAGCCUGUACCUGGGAUGUAAUACAUUGUCGUUCUCAUACACUCUGGUGCCACACUCUCUUGCCAGAAUACUGCAUUCCAUUUUCACCAGGCUUACUAUUUAUCUGUAAAUUAAUACAAGUUUUUUUUCUGUUUGACAGGCAGGGAUAUGCCAUUCCUGAAUAUGCUGGGAGUUCUCCUGCUGCUCCUUAUCCCCCCACUAUCUGAAAGUCUUAAAGGUAAGUGGCUUAUCGGUGCUGUUUUUUUUUCCCAGCAAAAGAAAUGUAAUUGGAUCACAGAUAACAGAUUUAUAACACGAAAUGCAAAAAUUGGGGGGGAAAAAGGUAUGUUAUGUUUUCAUUUAACGUAUUUUUUCCUGAAAUAUAAAAUUUCUCUAUAUGUGCAGUGUUUCAAAGCAGAACGCUACUCAUAAAGACUCCAGGCACCAUAACCACUUCAAAUCACUGACGUGGUUAUGGUGCAUGGAGGAAACCUUUAACAUUUUAGACCUAAAUAGCCAAGGUGGAAUUAUAGCCACGCUGGAGUUGGAUAUGCGCUAUAUGCUAUGAUAAAUUGCUAUUUUGGCCAGAUUUAAAAUUCCAGAUCUACCCAAUUCACUAUUUACAGGGUUAUUCAGAAUGGCAGCAAUUUAAAGGGAAAUUCAAAUAUAAGGCCAAAAUAGCCAAACUUAAAAUUGACUUGGAGAAUUUAUCUAAAUUUUAAAAUUCACGUUGAAUUCCCUGCAGUUCUCACUUUGGUAAAUAACCUUGUGUUUGUUUAACCAUGCUUGUAUGUAGAGCCUAAUCCCACGUUGAUAGGAAAAUGAGUUUCUAUGUGUAAAUGUUGAAAGUCACUACAACGUGAUUUAUGUGAACACGUCUAUUUGCUUAACUGAAGAAUUCUUUGCAGAAGACAAACUAUGAAAUAGAACCAAGGAAUUAUAAGGCUGUGAGUGAAUCCAGUUACUAUAAACUAGACUGAACACCGACAUCCACUAAGGAAUUUAAAGAUGUGUAUUAUUAAAUUACAUAGUAGGCAAAUGUAGGAUCAGAUAUUCUGCAUAAAUCCUUUAAAAGGCUUUUGCAUAAAAAGAUAUUGGAGCAAAAUUUAGUAAUUUCUUUUGUGAUUUUAUUACUUCACCAUAGAUUGAAAUUUUACUUUAGUAAAAUAGAUGGUUUUGGCUGAAAAUAAUUUCCUUUGCAAAACAAUAUUUAAAGCUUUUACUGUCUGGGAACUUAAAGGAACAAUCUAAACACUAUAAUUACUACAGUGAGCUCUUAUGGUGACAGGCAGUGCCAUUGCUCUCAACCCCGGAAAUAGGUAGUCAAAAAUGUUUAGAGUGGUUUGGCUUCUUACAUGGGGUCCACCGAAAGUCGCUCCCUGCCUCUUAGAGAGUCAGAAGGGCUCUGCUGUAGCUAAGGCAGAGAGGUGCACUGUAUUGAUUAUUGUAUUUUAAGUGUUCCCUUAAAGUGGCACUGUCACCGUCUGGGGACUUUUCUGAAUUUGCAAAGACCCUGAACUCGUGAAAUCUCUGCUGGGGAUCCAGUGGCUAGGGGGGCAGGUGACUGUGAGAUUACUUACCUGAACCUAUCCCUCGCGGGCGCCGCCAUCUUGUUCAGUCUGCUCCUCUCCAGCACUAGGAGCCGACGUCUCAUGUGCGCAUGUCUGAGAGCACAGCAUUAAGGGUCUGUUGAAGAUCUCGCAGUCCAUGGACACAGCCAAUUCCCUGUAGCUGUCACUGGUGACAGCUGUCGGGAUUAACACUUAGACUUCGCCCUCACUUAAAAAAGAAAGUCUGGCAGAGGAGAAAUACAGAGACAAAGUAGUCCCUACGUUCUCAGUAUACCUCUUGCCUGGGUUGAAAUGUCAGUGAAAUUCCAAUACUGUCAAAAUGAGUAUUUCAUAAAGAUACUAUCAGUGCCGCUUUAACAUUUACAUGGGAUGUGUGCUCUGUAUUAGACCUGCAGUAUUCCACAACAUGGUCCUGUUUUAUAGGUCUCAGGUAAUAAGAAAUGAACCAUAUUUGUGGUAAAACAUCACUCUCGCUAGUCUAUUUCCAGCCUUGUAAGGUCAUUGCAGAUACACAUUACAGACUGUGUAUUGUCCUUUUUUUGCAAUCUCAUUAUCACAGACACAAUGAGUCACUGUUUAUCCGUCUGUAGAUAGAUGUUGAUAAUUGUAACAGUAGAGGAAGUGACUUAUCAGUAUUCUGAAAUAAAAUAUCUUCAAUUGAAAGAAAAAUAAAAAUCAACACAUGAUCACUAUACUUAGGAAUUUCGUGGACUAACCUGAGAUAAUAUGGUGGAUAUUUGGGGUAAGUGCACCAUUGUCUGGUGCUCUUUAAAACAAGUAAUUCCUUUCGAUUACUUCCACCCACAUGUAGAUGAGCAUAGCCAGGCACUUAUUAAUGAUGAAACUGACCAUUUAUGAACCAAUUACAAUCCAUGAAAAUUCAUUAUCUGGUCCUCAAAGACAGUAUGGAAUCUCUCACCGAUUUACCAUCAACAGCAUCAAAGAACCUUGCUCUUGCGAAAUGAGUAGGACGUCCCAUGUUUUUAACUAGCAGGCUACUGUGUUGAUUAAGAAUAUAAUUAGUUAAUUGGGCAGCACAAGCAUCAUAACCACUACAGGUCAUGCUGUGGGCGCAAUUUUAUCAUUUACAAUUUAAUUUUCUUGACAAACUGACAAAGAAAGAAAGUUUACCUGGUACCAGCCCCCUUUUCAGCCAUCUUAUUCUAUUUUUUCUGUGUCAUGAAAUUCUAAUUGUUUAACAUUUCCAAUACAAUCUUAAAUUCGCUACAAUUUGGUCUUCAGUUAAUAGAGCCCAAACAGGAGAUUGAGGCAAGUUUUAAUAGGGAUAAAGUCUUUAUAUCACAUGGUUCACUCAUGCCAUACAGGAAUGCAAUGUAUUACUUUGCAAAGCAAACUAUACAAUAAAACACGAAUUAGGGAAAGGAAUACAGGGCUACAGAAUUGGGCCUACUGGCCUUUAGCUUGCCACACGGCCGGUGCAAGUUUUCAAAUUAAAUAAGUGGGUUUUGUCUGUUUCUCUAACCGAGUAGGAAUUAAAUGCAGUCAAGCAUUUAACUAUAUAUAAUUUGCAACCGGGAGGGGGGAUAAGGGGUAUAAUUUGUUGAAAGUUGGCAAAAGGCUUCAAAGCAUUUAACCCAUUUGUCUGGUUGCCAUGGACACCUCUCUCGCACUGUAGAGAUAUGCAUGGCAUGUUCCAUUUAAAGAAGACGUGCAAAGCCCCCAAAAAAUUGCAUUAAUCAAUAGAGCCUAAAAUCUGUCCUUAUGUUUUGUGGGUUUUUUUGUUUUUUUAACAUGUUCAUAAUAUAUUUUAGGGAUAGAAAUGGUCCAAUGUGCAGUUUUUAAAGCCCGAUAUCGCAGAUAUUUAUGGGUGUUUUUUUUUUUUGUAUGUCUGAAUAUAUUCACUAUUGAAGUGUUUACUGAGACGCAAUUUAUAACGGAGAUAAAUAAAACAUUUUGUCUCUGCACGCUAGAGAUAGUGAGGGUUUCCUUCUCAUGACUUCUCAUGCUGGCAUCAUGUAUGGGGGUUCAGAGUUACGGAAUUCGGACAACCUUUCAACAGGCCCCCCCAACCGUCUUGUUUCCAGUGGGUCAGCCCCAACUGAGCAGCAGACACUAGGACCAUGCAGGGAGCACUUCAGCAGCUUGUUGGUGGAUGUAUGCCCCCCUAUUAUGCGUGUGGCUAGUGGCACAGUUUGCGUCACUGGUGACGUCCUCUCAGGGCCCAGCCACACUCCGUUCCAAUUCUCCCCUCCCAAUUGUUGUGUGGUAUGCUCCAAUCGGCAAAAAUUAAGAUGAAUUGCCAUUUGUUGGAAACUGAGUGUACAAAUUUAGUUUACGUAAAUCAAAAGCAAAAAAAACAACCAGUAACCAAUUACUGUAUUAUUCAUUUCUUCCACAUACCUCCCAAUUGUCCCCAUUUAGGAGGGACCGUCCCUAAGUUUCGUCCAAAUCCCUCUGUCCCUCUUUUCUAUCCUAAUGUCCUUCUUCUCUAAGAGCUCACAGUAAUGUGUCUUUAAACUACAAUAAAUAUGUUUAGAAAUCAGUCAGUGUAAAUAAAAUGCAUUUUUCUUGUUCUAAAUUAUAGUUUUUAUAUACAUGGACUCAAAACAGAUUAUCUACAAAUAUUUAUAUACAUGGACUCAAAAGAGAUUAUCUACAGAGGCAAGAAAAAAGUAUAUACAAAUAGACUCGUCUCGUGAAUGAUGAAUUGUAGUGAACUUUGUUUUUCAAUUCCCCAUUUCACUGUAUAGGGAAUAUUAACUCUAAAAAGGUGAUCAUGGUGAAGAUUUGCAGAUUUUAGGAGAAACUAUUGAAAUUGGAAAAAUAGAUGAGUCUGAGAAUAUUUUACUUUGACUAUUUUGGCCUAAAAAUUUUGCAUCUGAAUUCUCUGCAACACCAAGUUUAGUGAAUAAAAAAAAAAAAAAAAUGUCUUCUCCUUCUUCCAGAUUGAACCAAACAUGAUUAUUCACCAAAGUGAGAAUUCAAGUGAAUUCAGAGUGAAUUUCGAAUUACCCAGUGUCAAUUUGCUCUAGGCUAGGGGAAAUGCUCUAACCUUUCAUCAUAAUGGAGGACGUGCCCUGCGUGAUUCUGACACCUUCUCUUAAUUGGUUGUACUAAUUGAAAACUGAAGGUCUAUGCCCUGUAGCAUGUUAUUGUCACUGUAGAGACAAAGAAUUUAGCGACUGUCAAAUAUAAUGAGCUUGAUGUCAGCUACACUUUUCAGGCAAACUACUGCCAUCUCCAUGUUCACGUACAUUGGAUAGAUCCAUUUGUUUAUACAAAUUAUUAGUAUAUUGCAACGAGUACAUCUUAAAUCAAUACUCCAAGGACCAUAACCAAUACAGUUUGCUGCAGAGGUUAUGGCGCCCAAAGCGUCACGACCCCUCAUGCCACAUGUGAAAAGUCGAACUGUUUAGUAAUUGUUUUAUUUCAUCCCUGCGGUCCACUUGGCUGCACUCCAUCACCUCUUCCUUGCCAGAAUUUCUUUUCAUUGAGCUAAACCCGGCAAAUGUUUUGGCUCCUUAUAUUGGGACACCGUGGUACUACUGUCACCAUAACCACUACAGCACUCUGUAGUGGUUAUGGUGCUUGGGUGUUCAUUUAAUAUUACUGAGUAUUUGUGUCAAUCUAUGUUUUAUGUGUCCACUCUGCAUAAUUAACUAUGUUUUUGUUUCCAGUCAAUCGAUGUGUGGCAUCUGGGGCACAAACUUGUACCGCAUGUAUCCAAGUGGACAAAGAUUGUUCCUACUGCAUAGAUGAGGUAAGAGUUUAGAAUAAAAAAAUAAAAAAUCAAAUGCAACAUUUAGUAAAAAAAUAUAUAAGUACAUUGCAAUCCGCGUCAGUAACCGAUCAAUUGCAUUUUCUGGCUUUCAUGCAGAAUUACACAACAAUUUGAAAGCGAUAAUAAUCUAAACGUUAUGGGUCAUAUUACCCCUGCCAAUGCUGCUGAAAUCAUAAAAUAUUAUUGCGUUAUAAUUGAUCUUAAUUUGUUAUGUACGCGUUUAUUCAUGCAGUGUUCAGCUUGACUGGCUUUUAUCUCAAGGUUAACAACAACAAAAAACAAACAAAAUGUCUCCUUUAUAGGAUUUUAUAUAACAUAACAGCUGACUAUCCAGACAGUGGAGUCCACUGAUGGAGCUAAUUGAUUAAAAGUUUGUCAUUAACCUAUUUCUAUUUAAUUUCUAUUUAAUUUACCCCUAAGUGGAGAUUUGUUACUGUGCAAUGUGUGAUUGUUAUGCUAUCAAUUUUGCUCCGUUAUGUUGAAGUUACAAUAGUUAUUCGUCCUUUAAUUGGUGUGUAUGAUUAACAAGAAAUCAUUAAAGUUGGUUGUACACAUCAUAAAGCCAGCGGAGGUUUUUGUUCCUCGUGUGCUAAAUUUUUUGGAUACUGGUUAACUGUUUUCAGUGACUGUUCAAAAAUUUCAUCGAGGGGAUAAAUUCACUGUCAACUGGUUCCAUUAUUAUGAUGACAACUCGGAUGAUAGUUUAUGGUCCCAAAAAUAAUUGUUUUUUUGGGGAUUAGAAAUUCCUUUCUAUUUCUCUAACAUCUCAAUCAUAUCAGAUCCAAUGCUUCUCAAAAAGAAGCGUUGGGGACAAGAUAUGCAUGCGCCGCCAACCGCUGAGCUCCAUCUUGAUUGGAGAACCAGGUUUGAUUUGGUUAUGGAAGUGAAGCACCUCUAGUGGCUGUCAGGAAGACAGUCAUUAGAUAUGUGUUUAACCCUUCAAUGUAACUUUGCUGUUUCUACAAAACGGCAAUGUUUUACAUUGAUGGGUUAAAAUGACAUCACCACUGCAACGUGACCACUUCAUUGAAAUCAUGUGGUCUGAUUGACUUUAGUAGGUCUUUAAACUUGCCGUUUUUAACACAAGGUAUGAGGUCCUCCCUUUUUUUUUUAAUUAAUUUUUUUUACCAAUCUGAUAAUAGCAAAAUGUGCCAAAUAGAAUUGGAACAGACAGAUUGUGAUCACUUAAAUAUAUAUCAGUUUUAACAGCUGCCAGUGGUUAGUUAACAAUUUCAAGCGAUAGAUUGUAAUGAACCCCAUAGACUGGAAACUUUACAAACAAAAUUAAACUCACCAACAUAUAGGAUUGGGAUAAAUCGCCCAAUUCUUGUGCUAAAAUUAUCUGCGUUCCCAGGCAUUGUACUAAAGAUGUGUUUGUAUCAUAUCUUAAGAACAUAGAAACAUGGAUUUGGACAUCGGACAGUAAGCGGGAUUCUUCUUUAGAUUCCCUUUAGAAGAGAUUUAUAUUUAUUCACACCAAACUGAGAACCAAAAACUGAACUGCAAUGUUUACAGUUCGGUUUGUAGUCACAACAUUUUGACUUAAUUUAGCAGUUUGGUUUUCAGCCUACCACAAUUUUGGUGUUUAGUGAAUAAACUCAAGAGUGUAAAUCACAGGCUUUCUUGAGCAGUUUCCUUGUAUUCGUCUUCACCAACACUACUGGACAGUUCUUCUAUGGAUCUACAAAUCUUUUUUAAAUAGUAUUUGAUAAGACAUUUAUCCUAAUGCAUCUCUCCAAAAUGUGGGACAUUCUUGACUUGGUGCCCAUAUUCCACGACUGCAGUCCACUUUUUUUUACUGCCCAACAUAUGGACAGUCCAGAAAUAAAUAUUUAUGAUUUCUCCUAGACCACAUUUGUAGAUGUGUGAGCCUACUUUCAGAAAUUUGGCAAUUCUUUCCGCAGAGCUCUGAUAUGCACGGACCUGCUGGACGGUUAUCACAUUGUGUGUCAUUUAGUUGCACACGUGCCAGACAGAUAUGCCUCCUUUUUAUGUAAACUUGGUGACAUGAGGGGACAUUAACAUGAAACUAACAUCCCCCUACAAUAAUAAGGGCAAGUAGACAUUGCUCUGAAGCAAUUGAUAACAAUAUAUUAAAUGGGAAGAAAGCAAAUUUAAUCACAAUAGGAGACUGAACUGAAACACAGGAGGAGCAUACUGGGGUUGUGGGAUGCAGCCUCACAUUAUUCUUCUUAAAAAAAAACAAGAGGUACGUUGAGAAGAGAAAAUAGCAUGGUCAGUAAAAAAAAGGGGACAAAACAUUUUUUAGAUACAUAAAUGAGAAAAGGAAAGUAAAACAAGGAUUAGUUAGAUUUUAAAAAAAAGGAGGAAGGUAUGUAGAAGGAUAAAGGUCUAACUGACUGCCUCAAUUAAUAUUUCUGUUCAGUAUUUACAGAUGAAAAUGAAGGAAAGGGGCCUCAGUUAGGAAAAAGGACAAAUGAGUCAUUUGUUACAUGUGAGUUUACAGAGGAAGAGGUUCUAUUUCAACUGUCAAAAGUAAAGACAAAUUAGUCAAUGGACCUGAUGGAAUACAUCCAAAGUUAUUAAAAGAGCUUAGUGGUGUACUAACAAAACCAUUAACAGAUUUAUUUAACCAAUCAUUGUUAACAGGAGUAGUCCCAGAAGAUUGGAAGUUAGUGAAUGUUGUGCCCAUUCACAAGAAAGGUAGUAGGGAGGAGUUAGGCAACUAUAGGCCAGUAAGCCUUACUUCAUUAGUGGGGAUAGUAAUGGAAACCAUGUUAAAGGAUAGGAUUGUUGAACAUCUAAAAACAUGUGGAUUUCAAGAUCAGAGACAACAUGGGUUUACUUCAGGGAGAUCAUGCCAAACUAAUCUUAUUGAUUUUUUUGAUUGGGUAACUAAAAUUAUAGAUCAGGGUGGUGCAGUAGACAUUGCUUACCUAGAUUUCAGUAAGGCUUUUGACACUGUUGCACAUAGAAGGCUUAUCAAUAAACUGCAAUCUUUAAGUUUGGAUUCCAGUAUUGUUGAAUGGGUAAGGCAGUGGCUGAGUGACAGGCAACAGAGGGUUGUAGUCAAUGGAAUAUAUUCGAAGCAUGGGCUUGUCACCAGUGGGGUAGCUCAGGGAACUGUUCUUGGACCCAUUCUCUUUAAUAUUUUUAUUAGUGAUAUUGCAGAAGGGCUUGAUGUUCCAGGAGGGCUAGGCCAAAUGGCAAAUGAUUUAGGUAAACUAGAAAAAUUGUCAGAGUUGUGGCAACUGACAUUUAAUGUGGAUAAGUGCAAGAUAAUGCAGAGUACACAAUAUUUGAUAGAGUCCUAACCUCAACAUCUGAGGAAAGGGAUUUAGGGUUUAAUAUUUCUGAUGACUUAAAGGUAGGCAGACAAUGUAAUAGAGCAGCAGGAAAUGCUAGCAGAAUGCCUGGAUGUAUAGGGAGAGGUAUUAGCAGUAGAAAGAGGGAAGUAUUGGAGUAUUGUAGGCAGUACUGGAGACCGUAUCUCCAGAAGGAUAUUGAUACUUUAGAGAGAGUUCAGAGAAGGGCUACUAAACUGGUUCAUGGAUUGCAGGAUAAAACUUACAAGGAAAGGUUAAAGGACCUUAACAUGUAUAGCUUUGAGGAAAGACGAGACGGGGGAUAUUAUAGAAACUUUAAAAUACAUAAAGGGAAUCAACACAGUAAAGGAGGAGACUAUAUUUAAAAGAAGAAAAACUACCACAACAAGAGAACAUGUGACAUGUCUUAAAUUGGAGGGGCAAAUGUUUCAAAAUAAUAACAGGAAGUAUUACUUUACUGAGAGGGUAGUGAAUGCAUGGAAUAGCCUUCCAGCUGAAGUGGUAGAGGUCAACACAGUAAAGGAGUUUAAGCAUGCAUGGGAUAUGCAUAAAGCUAUCCUAACUAUAAGAUAAGGCCAGGAACUAAUGAAAAUAUUUAAAAAAUUGGGCAGACUAGAUGGGCCGAAUGGUUCUUAUCUGCCGUCACAUUCUAUGUUUCUAUGUUUUGUUGUAAGGUAAAAUUAAGUACAACGUAUAAACCCAAUGAACACCCAUUAUUGAAUACGUUAGUAUGAAAUAGUUCUAUAGAAAUAUUGACAAUAGUGAAAACCCACAAGUUGUAUUAUUUUAAUAUUUUGCAUAAGUUUUGAAAAUUGGAAACCGAUAUUGUCUUACAGCAUCGAAUGACACAAAAAAAUAAGUCUAACGUUCUUUUACUUUCUUCACACAUCUACAAGGGUUUUCGUGAUGGACGAUGUGAUCUAUAUGAUAAUCUUGUGGAAUAUGGCUGUAGUGCAAGGGGGAUUGUGUCUAUGAAGAGUGAAGUUUUAACCAAGCAGGUAAGGAAUCAGUUUGCAUAACAUUACCCUAUCUGUGUAUUACAGUACUAAAAGGAGAGAGGGCAUUUUGUUAGUCUGUGCCCAGAGGCCAUUCGUCUCUAUUCAUAUUUGGAAGCGCCAACUUGUGUUUGAUCACCAGCCCAAAACCCAACCUCUUCAAAAUAAUUAAUAACCUUCCCUACCGUUGCAAUAUUAUCACCACCUCUUAUAUAAAGAAAACGCUACAUAUUUUAAUAUAAAAUACUUGUUGCUUAGUUGUCACUCCAUUUGCCUCUCUACAGAGUAUCCGCAUAAAUACCAGCUUGAAGAAGACACAAGUUUCUCCCCAGCUGAUGUCCAUGCGUCUACGUGCGGGGGAAGAGGCUUCAUUUGACUUGCAUGUGUUUGAGCCACUGGACACCCCUGUUGAUCUGUAUAUCUUGAUGGACUUCUCCUACUCCAUGUCCGAUGAUUUGGACAAUCUUAAGAAAAUGGGACAAGAACUAUGUAAGAUAAAAGUCGAUAUUAAAGAUAGUAGGAUAGAGUAUGAAUAAAAGGUCUGGAGAAUCUGAGAAGGACAAUAAAAAUAAGGAACAUACUUUUUAAUGAAUGUGUUAAAGUUGAUUGUCACUUCUACUUAUCUUAGUAGAAUACUUUCUCUUUUUGUUAGCUUAAUGUUUUUUUUUUCUCUGUUUCACCAUCACCAUCAAAUUUUUUGUUUUACAGCUAAUGUACUCAGCACCCUCUCAAGUAACUACACCAUUGGCUUUGGAAAGUUUGUGGACAAAGUAUCCGUCCCUCAGACAGACAUGAGACCGGAAAAGUAGGUACCAGGGAACAAAUUGAAAGCUGGGUUCCGAUUGUGGGAUUGUGGAAAAGGAAGGAAGGCAUAGGAAGCCUAUAUAAAAUGAGAAAAAGUUCUGAUUUUAAUGAUCGUUCAGCAUUGUGAGCAGUGUUAAUUUUGGUGUCAAAUUUCAGUUUAGUUUUAGUUAUAGUUUUUUGACUAAAAAAACUGUUUAGUUUAAGUCGUAUUUUAGUCAUCUGAAUUGUUUUAGUUUUAGUCUACUUUUGGAUGACUAAUCUCCAGUAUAUUUUAGUCGACUAAAUCUUCAGUAGGUUUUAGUAAACUAAAUCUUCAGUAGGUUUUAGUAAACUAAAACUUCAGUAGGUUUUAGUUGACACAACUAAAAUCUAAUGGGUUAAGUUAAAGCCUCUAUCUGUCUGUUUUGCCCCUUGGCUCAUAUGGCAGAUCAUAUGGGUGGGCAUUGUGAUGGGGGUAGGGCAAAUUUUUGUUUGCCUAGGGCAGCAAAUAUGCUUGUACCGGCCCUGAUCGGAAUUGUUUUAGUUUUAGUCAACUAAAUCUCAAAAAUGUUAUUUGACUAAAAUCUGACUAAAAUCGUUAGUCAGCAAAAUCAACACUGAUUGUGAGUUAGAACUGUAAAGUCGCAUUUGUUUACACAAGAGGUUGGAUGGAAGUUGGGUUGACUGAACACAAAACCUGCUGGAAUGAGUAUAUGAGCCCAUGAAUUAGGGUACAUCGAAAGGGUCUUGUGUCAAAAUCUGGUACAUUAAAUCAUUAACUCAAUAUCGCUCUUCAGGCUCAAGCAGCCGUGGCCCAACAGUACCCCCCCUUUCUCCUUCAAGAACGUCAUCCGUCUGACAGAAGAUAUUGAUCACUUCCGCCGGGAACUGAUGAAGGAGAAGAUCUCUGGAAAUUUGGAUGCUCCUGAAGGCGGAUUUGAUGCCAUUCUACAGACAGCAGUAUGCACGGUGAGAAGGCUGUCAGCAGCAGAGGAGCAACUAUAUAUUGUAUAAGUGAAUGAUAACUUUUCAUAGUACUCAAGUUUAUAAGUAAUAGCUGCAAAUAUAGUCCAGUGAAAAAACAUAAAUCCACAUUUUAUAGUUCUUUGUUUUCCAUCAUAAUUGACUCCUUUUAAACAUUUUCCCCACAAUUUGUGGUUAUAGACAUAUUCUUUCUCAGUGAGCAGAAAUAUCAAACAUUAAGAGUAUAAUCAAAGAUAAAGUCUACACUGGAAUCCAAAAAUGAAAAAAUACAUGGGUACUAGAGUAUUUUUUGUGUAGUCGGUGAAUGACCAAAUGCAAAAUUGCAAAUAUCUACCAUAAUUGGAGCUCCAGCUGAGGAGUGAUCAAAGACAAAAGUACAAUACGGACUCACUUUAGUAGUUCCAAGGUUGGCAUCGCUGCCAGAGAGGUGUCCAUAGAAAGAUGCCUAUAAUUCUUAGUUGACCAAACCAGACCUGAUUGGAAAGUUACAAGUAAGGUGAUUUUGCACUGUACUAACGGUAUAUUGUGAAUAACAUAUGUUCUUCCCUUAGAAUCAAAUUGGUUGGAGAAAGGGUAGCACCCAUCUCUUGGUCUUCUCCACUGAAUCUGCUUUCCACUACGAAGCCGAUGGCAUGAAUGUCCUGGAUGGGAUAAUGCCAAGAAAUGACGAGCAUUGUCAUUUGGACACAUCGGGACUCUACACCCAUGACACCAUACAGGAUUAUCCCUCUGUCCCCACCCUUGUUAGAGUGCUUGCCCAAAACAACAUCAUUCCAAUCUUCGCAGUGACCAACUACUCUUACAGCUACUAUGAUGUGAGUGUCACAUGUGCAGACAGGAACUGCAACAUCUAUAUAGCUCAGUUAGUUAGUACACCAGCUGUAGUAGAAUUAUUAUCAGUUCAAACCUGAAGGUUAAAAUGGAUUUUUAACUUUCCAAGGUUGAUAAAAUGGGUGCCACUGCUUUGGGUAAUUAUAUAUAUAUAUAUAUAUAUAUAUAUACACACACACAGGUAAUUACUUAAAAGUAGGCUGGUUCAGAGGAGGAGGCAAACAGGCCAGGAGAACAGGAUUUGUCACAAGUACUUGUAAGAAUGGUUUAACCCCUCAAAGUAAGCAGGCAUCCUGGAUCUCCCGACAACGUAUCAACUUGAAGUAAUUAUGUUGCCUGGAUUAUCCCUUUAACUUACCUUUUUAUCACUGUUCUACUCAGUCCUCCCCAAAGAAACUGUCAGUCUUUCCUAUCUCAAGAGAAAAAAGGACAAUCGUGGCCAUUGCCAUGAAUGCACCAGUCAAAUGUGAUCCUGAUGAUCGCUUAAUAGAUUGCUUCUCAUAGGGAACUAUUUGUCUAAUGUUUCCCUAUGGAAACUCCCAUUUGCACUUGAAUGAUGGUUCAAGCCGAGUGAAUCAGGAAGCCCUCCUGGCUGUCAACGUGACUGCCAGAGGAGGUGUUCCCAAAUUAACAACUGGACCACCUUCAGUUAUCCCCUAAAGCACUUCUUUAUGGAAUAGGAAUGGCAUUGUAUAUAUGCUAAAAAUGCUGUGGUUAAAACAUUAAAAUAAAUGGUUAACAGGUUGUUGUUCUAUUAGUUAACAGACCAUUUAUUUCUGGUGCAAGACUCAAAACUGACUCAUAACUAUCCCAUGUCAGAGGCUGUUGAGGGACAUUCUGUAGAUCUCACUUUUCUAAAUUGUUUAUACCUUCCAUUGCAAGGCAUAUUAUUCAGCACAUAUUGAUUUAUUUCUAUGUUUCCUUUGGUCUUACAGAAACUUAGCAAGUAUUUCAAAGUUUCUGAGAUUGGUGAGCUGCAAGAAGAUUCUUCCAACAUCGUAGAACUUCUCCGAGAGGCCUUCAAGGUGAGUGAGGAGAUAUGAAAUGGUUGGAGAUUUCCAAUAUUUUUGUAAUAUUUUACCUAUGUCCUUGUGGAUAUUUUUUUCUGAAGUUAUCUGUUUCAGGGUACUAAUCAUCCUCUACUUUGUCUAUAGCAAAUCCGUUCUAGGAUGGAUAUCCGAGAUGACUACACCCCUCGUUCCAUGAAUAUCACAGUCUCAUCAAGCAAAGCCCAACUCACAGAGACAGGAUCCUUCCAGGUCACCCGUGGAGAAGAGGUAACUUCCCCCUCCAAAAGAGUUUUGAGUAACCCUUUAAACUAUGGCUUAUGUAAGUGAUACUAGUAAUUUGAAAGUUGGAAAAAAUCUACUAAAUCAUUUUUCCCAUCCAGGGUAUAUUCCAGGUAAAAGUGAAAGCUCUAGAACAGGUCGGUGGGCAGCAUGUGUGCAAACUUCCUCCACAGGACCAGAAAGGAAACGUACUUCUGAAACCAUCAUCCUUUACAGAUGGACUUCAAAUCGAUGCUUCAGUAAUAUGUGAUGUUUGCCCCUGUGAGCUGGUGAGUGUCUGAAGGACAGGGACAUGGUGUUUAGAAGUAUCUUGUUAGUUAGUUGAAGGAGUAUGCUAGGAAUAUGAACAUUUAUUGAUAAUGUUAGAAUACUCUAGCAGUGAUAUAGGUUAUUCAAUCCCCCUUAAAAAGAAUAAUAACCAGUAGUCCCCUGGUGCGCUGGUUUCAACUUGGCUUCUACUCUGGCUGAGAUCAUCACUGCAGAAAUUUCUAUAGGGAAGCAUUAGGAGGGGUGGCUAGAGUGCAUGCGCCACAAUUGCCAUGUUGUGCCAGUCAACAACUCCUUAUAGAGAUGCAUUAGAUCAAUGUAUCUCAAAGGGGAGCAUUUGUUAUCUUCUGGCAGUGCGUAAAGGCGUUAAACAUCGUCCCGCCCCAAGUGUCUAUCACUGGAUGUGGCCUUUAUAAACAAAUAUAGACUGUGCCUUUUCGCCGAAAAAGACAGUGUUUAGAAUUGUCAGCCAGCAGGAACAGGUUCUUUAAGCACCAUAACUACUACAACGUAAUUCUGGAGCAGAGUCUCCCUGUAGACAGGUACAUAGAUGAUUACACGCUAUUAAUAAUACAAAACUCACUGUGUUAUCUUGAAAGUGAGAACAUAGAACAAUGCUUAACGUGCAUUCUUGUUUCUUAACUUACUAUUCUAUUCCUCAUUUCCUAAUCUUGAUCACAAUUUCUCUCCAAAUUCUUCCCGAACCUCAAGCCUGCUUUUCUCAAAAUUCUAAUUUCCCAGUUUCUCUUUUAGUCUUUGAUGUCAUUUUUCAUAGUUUCCAGUUCUCACAUUUACUUCACUCAUGUUCAUGCAUUGCAUUUUAUUCCUUCAGCAAAAGGAACUGGACUCUCCUAAGUGCAGUUUCAACGGGCACUUUGUUUGCGGACGCUGUGAGUGUAAAGAUCGCUGGUAAGAUUGUGUGCAUCACAUGCUCUGUUAUAAAAAUAUAAGCUACACUCGUAGGAGUUGUGUUAACACGGACACUAAACACAAAUAAGAUAUAUCAAGUAACAUCUGUAUUACACACAGUGUACAAAUUUUUCCUGAUCAUAGGAGACUAUCGGACAUCUAGCAUGUAUGUAAGUGUGUUUUAUUAUGUAACAUGAAACAUUGUUUCUACAUUGGCCAAGUUGAAUUAAUACACUACAAAUAAGUAGUGGGUAUUAUUGAGAGGAUAUUGUUGAUUAUGUGCUUAUUAGUAUUAGUUCUGAAAAACAGAAUAUAGUUAUCUCGUGUAGUGUAUCGUGUAAUAAUAAACAAAACGUGUAUAUUGUAUCAUGCACUAUGUCUGUGUAUCGCAGGCGAGGGGAAACCUGCAACUGUUCGAUUGACGACAACACAGACAGCAAGUCAUGUAUAGCCCCUGGAAGCCAGGAUAUCUGCUCUGGACAUGGAGAGUGUGUCUGUGGGGUUUGCCAGUGUAUUUCAGAGUCCCAGCACCAGCGGUAUGAGGGGGAGUUCUGCCAAUUCAACAACUUCCAGUGCCCACGGAUAGGGGGCUUCAUGUGCAAUGGUAUGAUAGCCGAAAGUGACAAUAUAUGUAGGGUAUUAGGGAUUUGUUGAAUGACAUGUCUUUAGAUCACGCUGUAGUGGUCAUGGUGCCCAUAGUGUUUUAGUAACCUACCAAGGUAAGUUGUCAAACAGUUUUAGAACAAUCUGACAACUUACCUAAGGUUUGCCAGGUGCAAGUCGCCUCCUCCUCCUCUGCCCCCAGAACCAUCAACUAUGUUGCAGGAAGGUGUAGGGAGGCGUUCCUUGGCUGAGCAUGCUUGGUUAACUCUCUCAGCCAAUGAGACAGCUCUACGUGGCAUGGUGUGGCUCUCAAUUAGUUUGAUUACUUCCCCUGGGAGGGUGUCAUGAAUCUCCUGACAUCAAAACUACUACAACUGCAACCUAGACAAACUAUGACAUUAUACUCCCCUCUUUGUGUAUUGUACUUCUACAUUUUAUGCCUAGCCUGCGUGUAGUUAUGGUGUGCAUAAAAACUUACAAAAUCACUUUCUAUUUUCUGCCUACCCUGCAUGUAGUUAUGGUGUGCAUAAUAACAUACAAAAACACUUUUCUAUUGACUCUGCUCUACAGGACAGAGUCCCCAUUUCCCACCUUUGUGUUGUAGAUAAUACAGAAUGUAGGGGUGGGGGAUUACUAGUCAAAGAUCUACAAAACAGUCUGUGAGUUCUCAUAAUAACAUUUCAAUUUCACCUGCAGACAGGGGGCGCUGUUUUAUGGGUGGAUGCGUAUGCGCGGCUGGCUGGGAAGGCCCUGGGUGUGAGUGUCCAAUCAGCAAUCAGACAUGUCUGGAUACAAACGGGGUAAGUGCAUUGGUAGGGUGUCUCAAAGAUGACUUGGGAAGUGGACAGAAUGGGGACAUUUUUAAAUGUUUGGAAUCGUGUGACAGUCAGAAAUUCUGAGAUUUAAAACAAAAUAAUCUGUGCUAAUUACCUUAUUUUUCUUAUAGGGUCUGUGUAAUAACCGUGGGAAGUGCGUGUGUGGGCGCUGCCAGUGUGACGAGGUGUCACAGUAUACCGAUGCCACAUGUGAAUUUGCAAACUCCCUGGUAUGUUCUUUGAAUAUGCGUACAAAAAUACUCAAAUCUCCCUGACCAGAUUUUAAUUAAAGGUAAUGUUUAGGUUACAAAAUAGUUUUUUUUAAUAUAUUUGAACAACGCGGUGUCAAAAUAUGCAUCUAUCCAUCUAUCCACACUCUCUUAGCCAAUGGGACAGCUCUACAAGGCAUGGUGUGGCUCUCAUAUCUAUUUUAAAAUAAAAUACAAGAAUAUAAAUACAAUAAAUAUAAGAAGUAGCCUUAUUCAAAACAGGCGUACCAUCAUCAUAUAGGAUAUGAAGUUGCCCAUGAGUAAAUAUCAUAUUGGCAACCAAUAAAAAAAUAACUUGGGAUAGAAAGAGAGAUCGAGAUGGAAGGGAAGUGUAGGAUAAAGCCACCACGAGAAGGGAUUUGUGUCUCCUGUUACCUCAUGAACCACCUAGAGUAUGUCAUCCCACUGCGUCCGUAUUAUAAAAGGAACUUAUGGUAUUUUUACACAAUGGCAGUCAAUUUAUCUAUUAGAACAUGGGUUCCCAACCAAGUCCUCAAGUACCCCCUACUAGUCCAGGAUUUAAGGAUUACCCUGUUGUGUCUAGAGUGUUUUUUUUUUCCUUCUAAAAACACCUUAGACACAACUGGGUAAUCCCUAAAUCCUGGACUGGUAGGGGAUACUCGAGGACUGGGUUGGGAACCACUGUAUUCGAUUGUUCUCUGCUAUCUUAGUUUUGAUUUUAUGGAAGGGACAUCUGAUCCUUAUCAUUUAACUGCCACUGAACUUCUGGCCACCAGUGUGAUGCUAUUGUAGAACGUUUGAGAGCGUGUAGGGAAGCCCUCCAGGGGUUGGGAUAAUAGGAAAGCAGAUGCAAUUUGUUGCUUCUAAAUCUGAUUUAAAACUUCUUUUUUUUAAUGGAUAGCUUUUGCUUGGUGUGUGUGAAGACAUUAGAACAUGCGUGCAGUGCCAGGCGUGGGGCACUGGAGAGAAAAAAGGCAAAAAAUGUGAGGAGUGUAUCUUCAAGAUAAAGAUGGUGGAUGAACUCAAGAAAGGUAAACAAGCAGAAUAAUACCCUUCAUUUAAAAAUGUUUAAUUACUAAAACGAUUAUCUCUGCAACACAUGGCAAGCCAAUAAUAAACAAACUUCAGGAAUAUUGGAGAUGAACAUUGUGGCUCAAUAUCACAAAACAUUUUGUUUAAUAUAAACUUGGGAUAUACAGGUUAACUGCAGCUGCUGUAAUGUUAUAAUCUCAGCGAAGUCCCAACAGGUAAAAUCCGUUUCACCAAGCUUCGAAGAAGAUAUCUCAUUAAUAUCUCACAAACUAUACUGAGUGAAAAACCACUAUUGGGUUUACUGGUUACAUUGGUUAUACUUCAAUAUGGAAUAUCCCUUCUGGCUGGUGCAUUUAAAAUGACAUUAUUGUGUUAUAUUUUCAUUAUCCUAUUUAAAACUAUACAGCUAGAAAACAAGUUUAGAACAACAUAGACAGUGAAUUAAGAUUACACACGGUCCAAGGCAGGUUACUAGACUAGAGCUCCCACUUCACCAGUAAUAUGUUUGUUGUAUUGGGCCAAGCUUGGCCAAAUAUCUUCAUGACAUUGACAAUGUCCCUAGAAUACCUUAGAUCACCUAAUGCAGGGCUCAAAAUAUCAAGACAUGCCCUACUAGACAAGCCAAAUGGUUGCUUGCUUCUACAAGCCUAGAAGGUCCACUGCACACUAACCAAGGGUGAAUUUCUACUCGCCAUGGCUGCAUUUUCACUGGCCUAUGGUACUAAUAUUGAGCCCUGACCUUAUGGUUAAUCUAGCAAUGAAAAUAGAUAGCAUAUAUUUAAUAAAAUUGUAACUUUAUUGCUGUAUUCUUGAAAGAGUAGCUUUGUUUAAUUUCAUCUUUCUGAAAAAGUUAUUGACAUAUCCUCUGAUUACAUUGCUGCCAAGAGGCAGAAUCCAUAAUUAACUCAGACACAUCUCUUUUAAGAUAUAUGAGGGAUAAGUCAGUUUCUGACCCAUUGACCAGUGUGUGGAAUUGCUGCACAGAAACUGAGAAAAUUGCUACGGCAGAUAUUUCUCCUGUGUGUAAUGUCCUAUUCUUGCUUUCGGUAGUGAAUGAAGCUACAGAGAAAUGUACAUUCAGGGACGAAGAAGAUGAUUGCACCUAUCACUACUCUGUGGAUCAACAAAGUGCUACCCCUUCUAACUACACAGUGAUGGUGCAGAACAAGAAAGGUCAGUCCCAGAAUAAUAGACUAUUUCUCACAUUUUCAUCACACUCAGUGGUAUAACAAUCUAUACAGACAGGUGUCCAUAUGGUUCCCUUUUACAUAUAUAUUGUUAGACUUCCUGCAACUUAUAUCUCUUCUCCUAACCCAACAGAAUAGCUACCUAAUGUGAUGGGAGAUUUCUUUCCUCCAGAUCCUAUAAUCUGGCUGGAGAAGAAACCAUUAGGUGGAACCAAAAUGGUGUUAGGAUAUGGGCAGAGAUGCCCAUAUUAUUGAAAUCUUAAUAUGUAUCUCCUACAGUUAUACCACUAAUAACUACACUUGUGCAAGAAUUUGUUUCAAACGGUCUGAAUCAAAUUUCUCUUAAUCCAGGCCUGAACGAAUUGGUCAUCCACAAGUCCACUCACAAGCUCGGUUAUCACAUGUACCUUACACACACACGCUAUUUAAAAAAAUCAUUUUUUAUGUAUCUUUACCCAUCAUUACUGUUUUCCUCAUCUCACUCAUUAUGACUAUCCCUGUAUUCCACCUGGGAUACUUUCCAAAGUUUUUUUUUUUUUUAUAAAUAACUUCCUCAAUAUCCCAUGCAUCCUGGUAUCGUUUUUAAGAUAAUAUGUGACACACCCACAACCUGCAGAAAAUAAUGUUGAACUUGGACAGUUUACAAUAGUAACAGGAAAAAGAAAAAAGCAUACAAUAGAAAAGUAUGGUUGAACACAAUUGAUACACCUUGUAUAACUAUGUACGAGGUUACUAUAAAAUCAACACAAAGUGCCAAUUCAUUGUUAGAAUAGCAUGUGGGGAGUAACCCCUGGGCCAAGGCUCUCUGGCCUAAGAUAUUGCCAGUGUCAAUUUUACGAUACAUCUUGUUUAUAAACUAUUUUAUGUUUAUAUACUAUAAUAUAUUUUUGUUCAUCAUUUAGAAGUACUUUACUUUUUACUUUUCAUCAUCUGCUUAUUCCUUCUACCUUCUGCUCACAGCGUUCUACCUAACCAUUUGUGGCACAUCUUUUGCACUUGUCCUCAGUAUUUUAAUACCCUUUGUUUUUUGUAGAGUGUCCCCCCGGUGCCUUCCUCUGGCUCAUUCCUCUGCUCAUCUUCCUCAUGUUACUUCUUGGACUGCUUCUGCUGCUCUGCUGGAAAUACUGUGCCUGCUGUAAGGUGAGUAGUGUAAGCCUGUAGGACUUUAUGGAAUAUGCAAACCAUGAAAGGAGACCACCAAAUGGCCUGUGAGAUGCUUGGUGGUGGUUGGAACUCAUAUUGGAAUCAAGGAUGAUUUUUAGUUUGGAGCAUCUAGAAGGAUGGAUAACGAGUUGGAAGGAUUUAUGGUAGUUUCAAUUGACUAUAAUGCGGUUUAUGAAGCUUCUGUAUCGUAAAGACUUGCCUAGAACAUUUUAAACAGAAUUGGACACAGAUGGUAUUUUGAAUAGUAAAUAACAAGUUCAAGAAUUAAGAUGAGUGGAGUAGAAUGGGAUGAGAUGUAUAAGUAUGCUUAUGACUACAAUGGACAUUAAAGGUGGCCCAGUUUAAGGGGAUUUGAGAAUGGUCGGAGAUAAUGAUUGUAAUGUCUUACUACUUCAACUUGAUGAUGAUGAAUAAUCUGUUGUAUCUCUCUACAGACAUGUCUGGCUCUCCUGCCUUGCUGUGGAAAAGGUAAGAGAUGACUCCAAAAAUGCAAAGUUUAACAGCAAUAUUAAACUGUCUAAUUGUUUGCACAAUCAUGACAAACUAACAUUAAAAGGACACUAUAGCCACCAAAACAAAUUUAGCUUUAGCUUUUUUUUGUUAUGCAGUUCUAGCCACAACAACCCUGACUCACACAGUCUGCAUGAAAAAUAAUGUUUUCAUUUUCAGUCACACACAGGAGGCUCCUGCAAGGUCUAACAAGCUAUUAACAGUGCAGGAGAUAAGACAUUCUAAAUUAAACAGACUGUGAAAUAAAGGAAGUUUAAACAUUAGAUCUCAAUUUACAGGAAGUGUUUAGGAAGGCUGUGUAAGUCACAUGCAGGGAGGUGUGGCUAGGGCUGCAUAAACAAAGUGAUUUAACUCCUAAAUGGAACAGAAUUGAGCAGUGAGAUUGAAGGGGCAUGAUCUAUACACCAAAACUGCUUCAUUAAACUAAAAUUGUUUUGGUGAUUAUAUAGUAUUCCUUAAAGAUUUUGAGUUUGUAUAGGACAAAACAGAUAUAAAUUGAAAAAAAAAGGAUUUUUUUUUUAAACACAAAGAAACUACAUACAACAGUCUGAUCUUUGACACUCUUACUCUAAACCCUGCAGGGCGCUCAGUAGGAUUUAAGGAAGACCAUUACAUGCUGCGACAGAGCUUGAUGUCAUCUGAUUAUCUAAACACACCACUUGUACGCUCUGGGAACAUGAAAGGCGGGGAUACCGUGAGAUGGAAAAUUACCAACAAUGUGCAUCGUCCACUCCCUGCUCCAGGAGACCUGAAUCCCAAGGAGCUGGGUAUGAUGGGGCAGCAUGUGCUAAAAUACAGUGUUUGUAAAAUUAGAUAUAUAGUUUAAAAUGCUCAAUUUAUGUUAUGAGAAGACAGAAUAGAUAAAACAUUGGUCAAGCGAUUUGCUGAAUUUAGUUGCAUCCCUAACAUCUACAUCAAUGCUCUUCCACAGUUCCAUAUGGUGUCUCUUUACGAUUGGCAAGGCUCUUCACAGACAACCUGUCCAAGCCUCAGACUCGUGAGUGUGAUCAGCUACGUCGAGAGGUGGAGGAAACGGUGAGAAAAAAACAACGCGUUUAGGCUACACAGAAAUGGCUAAAUUCCUCCAAAAAUCUAGUAUUUGAGCCUUGACUCUGGUUAUUACAAACGGUGGUUAUCCCUAGCAUAUUUUAAUGUGAAUCUAAUCAUAUGUGGGAAGUAUAUUUUUCUUUUUUGUAUGAUGUAUUCCUGUAUAUCUUAUGAUAAAUCUCUGAAUUUUUUUGAAUCACAUUUGUCAGAUGAAAGGAUAAUAAUAAGGUGAUAUCUAAUGGUGAUACUAUUGUAGAGCUGUGAGUGAUUGCACAAUGUUAAAUUCCAUCUUUGUGAUUAUUCCAUCCUCUCUCAGCUUAAUGAAGUAUACAAGACUAUACCUGGGACCCACAAAGUGAAGCAGACCACAUUCCGGUAAGACUAAGUGCUCUAUUAAUACUGAGCUAUCCCUGAAACCAACAGCAAUAUAGAAAAAUGGGAAUAUCCAGCACAAGCCUUUAUAUCCUAAGAUCUUUUAUUUAAGUUGCCAAAAACAGGUCACAUUUCAGCCAUGGAGAGUUUGAGAAAGGCCCUGCGUGGCUUAAAUGUCUCCAUUUUAUUGGCACCUUAAAUAAAGGAUCUUUGAACUUAAAGGUUUGUGCUAGACAUUCCCAUGUUUCUGUAUUCCUGUUGGCUGUUGGUGGAGCCAGGGUUCUUGCAACCUAAGUUGAACAGAGUCUUUGCUGUUGUUAUAAUUCCUGGAACCACCAAUUGCUCUAUUGAUAAUAUUAUUUUGGUGUUUUUUUUGUCUCCAUUCAGGCUCCAGUCUAACGCUGGGAAAAGGUAGGAACAGUAACUACUCAAGCAUUGGUUGUUUUUUUUGCACCUUCUCCUCCCAUGACACAAAUCUUCUCUCUACUCAAUUCUUGAUUUGGCCCAUACCAUGUCCUACUCUCGCCUUAAACCCUCUUAAUUUCCCACACACAUACUACUCUUUCCUCUGAACUACAAUACAUCCAUUGUAUUUUAUUUACUUUUUUGCUUGUUUUUAGGCAAGAUCACACUAUUACAGAUACAGUCCUUAUGGCUCCACGAGAGGCUGAGCCUGAGAUUGUAAAAGUGACGGAGAAACAUGUAGCACAAGAAAACUUUCAGGAUCUGAAGGUGGCUCCAGGAUACUACACCGUGACAUCAGACAGAGGUACAGUAAAAUCACUAACUUUGCCACCGUUGGUUAUAUUCUCCUGAGCAAUGAGCCACGGUUAACACACACAAAUAUUUCUCUGUAUGCUAGAUGCUCAUGGUCUGGUGGAAUUCCAGGAGGGUGUCGAGCUGGUGGAUGUACGAGUUCCUCUGUUUAUCAGAGAGGAAGAUGAUGAUGAAAAACAACUACUAGUUGAAGCUUUGGAGGUGCCCCAAGGAGCUGCUCGUUUAGGGAGGAAAAAUGUCAAUAUUACAAUCAUCAAAGAACAAGGUGGGCAGAUGUGAGAGAUGUGUAAUGAUAUAAUAUAGGCACUGGGUCAUUUCAAACAUAUUUCCCUGCAGAAGAGUGCGUUCUUGUGGUCCUCACUUGCUCACAAUGUGAAGCAUUUCUCUUGCAUGUUAGCUGGCCAUGAUAAAUUUAAUUCAUACCUUCAAUAGCAAUCAAAAUAUAUCUCCCAACAUUUAAUUUCAAUUCUUCAUCAUAACUGUAGCUUCUAGAACUAUCUCAUGAAGACAGUUCAAAGUGUUUUGACAGUCAGGUUUAUGUCACUAUUUUAUUGUUACAGCAAAAAGUAUUGUCACCUUUGAUAAGCCUGCGUACACUUACAGUCGUCACGAUCAAUUGGCUCGUGUUCCUGUGUCGCGUGAAAUCCUUCAUAAUGGCAAGACUCAAGUUACCUACCGCACACAGGACUUAACAGCUCGUGAGAGCAAGGUGGGAAGGGGAACAGAGGGGCUUUGUAGUUGUGCUUUUCUAGAUAAAUACAGGUUAAUUAAUUAUCUUUACUAUAUGCCUGUAUCUAGGGUUCAAAUUUCCACUUGUCAUUAGCCACUGGCAAGUACAAAUUAAGUGUGUCAUGGCUUAGCAAUAAUUGGGUAAAGAGAGACACAAACAAGAAGCAGGAAGAUAAAAGACAGAGGAAUAACAAUUGUGGGGGAUGGAAAGACAGGACCGAGAAAUUCAGGAGUGGGGGUUAAAGGGUGGCAUUGGGGAUAUGCGAAGGAUGCGAGAGGUGAUCACAUUUUCAUUUAGGCUUUGAUUAAGUCUUAGGUGGUUUUGAAACCUUUUGAAACCUAGCAAAGCAUCUGCAGCUAUAAUGGGGGUUAGGGCGGGGAGGGGGUUUAUAUUAUAGUUUUAUGCCUCAUUACUGAUAUUUUAUGUUUUGGAUAGCCAUUGUAUAUUUAAUUAUACCUUGAUCCAUACUCUUAAGUGAUUAUUCAGGUUUUUUUUUUAAAGUGAGUUAAAAAUUUUGGGUCAAUCUCUGAGCUGGAAACAUAGCUUAGAUUUUGUUAUUAUGUCAAAAAUCUGAAGUUCACUUUGAAUUCCUGAAAAGUCAGACUUUUAUGGUUAAAACUGGCUUGUUUACCUCUGGAUGUUAUGACGUUAUUGUGUGUGUGUGGGUGUUCAUUUUUCCACCUUGUAACGCUACUUUUUUUUUAGGAUUAUGCAUUUUCUGAGGGAGAACUCACUUUCCAACCAGGUGACACUCAUUCUGAAAUUUUGGUUCCGUUGCUCGGGCGCUCUGAGGUGGACACUCUGCUAGGAAACAGGCAGGUCAAGCAAUUCCUUCUGGAACUUAGUAACCCAAAAUAUGGGGCUAAGAUUGGCAAAUACCCACAAUGCACCAUCACCAUCGAUGACACUACCGGUGAGCAACAGAACAUUAUACAUACAUACUAUUUUUAAGGCAUAAAAAAAAGGAACUUAAGCAUUAAAUAACCAAUCCUCAUCUUCUCACAACUAUUACAGAGUUACCAAAGGUAACACAAGUCCCUUCUCUCCAGUCACCUCGAGGAAAGAUAGGAGCUCCCAUAAAUCUAAAAGCUCAGGCUAUCACCGCGAGAAAAAUACGUGCCAACUGGGCUCCUCCACCAGGCAAAAUAUCAGGGUACAAGGUAAGCUAUUUUCUUCUAUAUUUUUUUUAAAGAUAUUUUCUAAUCUAUUCUACCCAGGUACAAAGAAUAAAAGAUAAUAAAUAUAAAUAAAGGCAAUUGGCAAGGGAGGAACUACAUUGACUAAGAUACUGGAAAAACAAAAAAACAAAAGAGUAACUAUGUACACAGUUCGCAAGUUAUCACAUUCAAAUAGAACAGUAUAUACAUAUAAAUAAUGAUGAUCUCCAUAUGGAAAUUAAUUAAAGAAAGAUGUUGGAGCUAAAAAUAAAGUAAAAAAAAUAUUGGAGAAAAGGAAAGAGGAAGAGAAUGGUUACAAGUAAAUGGACAACUAGAUAGGUAAGAGAAUACUUAACAAGUUUAGUCAUUUUCAAGACUCACCUUCUUUUAUGCAUACAGUAACAUUGGACAGUAUUUCCUGUAGUCAUUCUGUAUGGACACCCACCACAUGCUUUUCAGUUAUUUUGUUUUGUUUUCAUUAAGUCAUUAAGUUCACUAAGUCAGUGAGAUAUUUGCUACAAAUGUAAAUUCAUGUCAUCUGAUUUCUGAGGCAUUUUCGGAUGUUUCUGUUCAAUAUCAUGGAUAAACUCUUGACCUGUAGGUGCGGUACUGGAUUCAAGGAGACUCGGAGUCAGAUGCCACGGUCAUUGACACUAAAGUACCUUCCGUAGACCUGGAUAAUCUGUAUCCAUACUGUGACUAUGAGAUGCGUGUUUGUGGAUACAAUACACUUGAGGAGGGUCCCUACACAGAUAUAGUCACGUGUCAAACUCUAGAGGAUGGUGAGUUCCACAGUUUGGGUUCGAGAAUCAGCUUACACAAUGGUAUUUUUAAUUUCUUUUUUUUUUUUUUAACAAACCUAUGUAUUUACCUAAAAAAAUAACUUUCCUUUUGUCUCUCUACAGUGCCAAGUGAGCCAGGUCGUCUAGCCUUUAACGUCAUUUCAAGUACCGUAACACAACUGAGUUGGGCAGAGCCUGCCGAGACCAAUGGUGAUAUUACAGCGUAUGAAGUAACUUACGGCUUGGUCAACGAAGACAAUAGUAAGGAAGGCAUCCCUCCAAUUCAUCUGUCUAACUCUACUUUCUCACAGUUUACAACUUUAGUGGACAGAUAUUUUUUUUUUCACUUUUGGUGAAUCCUAUCUCUUUCCUCAUCUCCAUUUUACAAUCCACAAAUUAUGUUAGCUUGAUCAGGUUAAAAUGAGAAUGUAAAAUUAUUUAUAUUGUGAGUCUAUAAAGUGAGUCAAUCGAAGUGUUACUUCAAUAUCAAAACUAAAGAAACCAAAAUAUCCUUAUUUAUUUGGCACUCUGUUCCAUGUAUAGAUUCUCAUCUCCAGAAUUAAGUUGUUUAUUCCAAUGGUGCCGUUACCAUUGAUGGUGAAGCCCGACCACCACCAUAAUUAAAUGAUCUUUAAAAACCUUAUUCAUCUCUAAGAUUGAUAUUAAUUAAAUUAAACAGCAGGCUUUUGCUUCUAGCAUCCAGUUCAUCACUUAGGUUUUCACUGCUAUCACAGGUUACAAGUGUCUUCUGUGUGUUCUUAUAUGGGUCAUUCUAUUGCAGCUCCCACUGGACCUGUGAAGAAGGUCCAAAUCAACAGCCCAAAGAAGCGCAUGGUUCUUAUUGAAAAUCUGCGAGAAUUCCAGCCUUAUCGUUACACCGUAAGGGCAUGCAACAAGGCAGGAUGGGGCCCGGUGAGGGAUGCAACCAUGAACCUAGCCACCCAACCUGCUCGUCCCAUGUCUAGUAAGUUAAACGCAGGUUAUAAAUGAAACCAUCUAAGUUGGAAUAUGUAAAAUGACCAAACAUGAUACAGUCCAACAGAAUUACAAACAGUACAACACUGAAAAUUCCAGUGUAAUUCUACAUUGAUAUUAAUCAUGUUUUUGAGAGUAUGUAAUUGACAGUUUGCUUUUACGACUAGUGUAACAGUUCUUUAUUAGUUCUUUACUAUUUUCCACAGUUCCCAUUAUUCCAGAUGUCCCUAUUAUUGAUGCGGAAGCUGGAGAGGAAUAUGACAGUUACCUGAUGUACAGUUCCGAUGUUUUACGCUCUCCGGUGGGCAGCAAGAGACCAAGUGUGUCCGACGAGUCAGGUAAGGAUCAUCCUGUAAUCUGCUACCAUAUAGGAAAAAAGGGUGGACUGGAGAUCACUUUGUUUCCCACUCUUAUGUAAUUGGGUUUUCUAUGUCUGUGGUCCCAUGUCAGAGACUAUACAUAUUGCUUAUUGUGUGUGAAGCAAUGCACUCCAGUCUCAGUCUACUGGCUGUUAGCACCACACUGCCCUCCUGGGCUAGUUUAGUGGAGCUCACUGUUCCUACUACACAACCUCUAUCCCCAUAUCUAUUUCUCUCCUCCAACCUGUCCUCUGAAGGCCAGCGCUGGAAGUACGUUCCACUCCUGGGCUCAGAAUUGGACCUGCGUCGAAUCACCUGGAAAGGUCCUGCAGAGAUCAUACCUCGUCUGUCCAGUUGCAGUGGUCUGUCCACGGAUACGGAAAGCACACAGGACCAGCAUGAUAGCGCCAGUUCCGUGAUGAGAAGAGGAACCUUUCGUGCAACACCAGAAGGUGACAGAAGGACGGUGGGGGCGGGAUCCAUUUCAGUCCAAUUAGAUCCCCCUUACACCGUCAUAAGUGUGAAGUGCUAACAGCCUGUAGCUUGCAUGGGGUUCAUGUCUGCAUUGCAUGUGUGUUGGAGAGAUGGCGUAAUGGUCAAUUUACUAUGUUUCAUCCAACCUCCUUGAUUCUCCAACAGGCAGGCUAAACAGAAGCUUCUUAUUGAGAUGAAUAAAUAGCUGAAAUGUAGCAUUCUGGGGUGCUCUCUCUUGUCCAUUAACUGACAAAUGAAGUUGCUUCAAUAAGUUUUGUUCAUGUCUUUUAAAUAUUUAAGUAUAUUGAUAAUCAUUUAGAAUAAAAUGAUUUUAAAAAGUGGCAACACUCCAAUAGUAGAUCAGGCUAGAGUUCCUUCAGUACCACCACCGGACCACCAGGGUUUACAAUGCUCCCCUCCCUGGCCAAAGAUAAGAAGGGAGUUAUAGAGUGUAUUUAUUUAAAUAAUAUAAUAUAUAAUAUAACAUAACAAAAUGCAUAUUUGCUCCCAUUUCAUAUCCCUAGGCUGUAAUGUAAACACUGUCUUUUCUCUGGGGAAAAAACAGUGUUUACUGCAAAAAAGCCUUAAGGGAAUGAUUAUACUCACCAGAACAAAUACAAUAAGCUGCAGUUGUUCUGGUGACUAUAGUGUCCCUUUAAAAUUAAAGUAUCCAAAUGUGAGCUGAAUUCUGGACCCCAGACGGUGUCAGAGCUGCUUUAAUAUACAACACAUAAUAAUAUUGUAUGUAUGUACAAAACAAUUACAUGAUAACAUUUUAUUAUCUUAAACACCUUAAAGUUUUGGAGAGGCUUGUAAUUGCCACGUGUGUGGUCCAUCCAAACAUGCUGAAAUACCCAAGUUGUGUUGCCUAAUUUCUGUUACCACAAGUUUUGCUUGGGGUCCAUAUUACAGGAUCGGUAAAGCUUGAAUAAGAGAUUCUAUGGCUAUUUAUUUAUUUAAUUGAUACUUUUAUUUUUUUUAAAUUUCUUUUGUUAAAAUUUUAUGACCGCACAAAUAACACUGUUACAUACACAAGACAUAUACGGCGGGCAACCACGACUGCAUAGCAGAGAAAAAAAAAAAGUAAAAAUACUAUUACAAUACAGUCAUGGAGUACAACUGUGUCACCGUAAACAGCCUGGUAUCUUCACACAUAUCUCAAAAGAGAUAAAGUUGUUUCAUAAACCAGGGAAGAAAAGAUACUGAAUUCAUAAUAUGAUAAAAAAAAAAAGACUACAAACAACACAACAAACGAACGUUAACAGAGUCUGCAAAACCCCAUAAAUAAGUAGGUGGAUAAGAAGGCAAACAAGGCCGAGACUGGUCCAGUAACAAAUCAUCAGGCUACUCCGAGCAGGUACCAUAUGCCUUGAGUCUGGUGAUAUUAUAUUCAUUCCACAUAUCACAAGGUACCGCAGAAGGCGUAGAGGGGCUUGAGAUAAAGGAGACCAACGUGUUCAAUGUCUUACUGGUUCUAUAGCUGAUUAAUACAGUUACAGUUCAGUAGGAGACUAUGAUGUUCUCACCCUCUCUGUUUAUGUUUCUCUCCUUCCAUUUUCUAUAAAAAAAAAAUUUCAUUUUGGGGACAUUUUGGUGCUCUUAACCAAUGUUAGAGGUUACUGCAUGUCGCCAGCUCUGAAUAGAAUGUGGUUCUGCUGUCACUGUCAUAAACUGUUAACUAACAAUCGUUUCUACAUGAGUAUUUGGUUAAUGUGAAAACAAGAAUUUAAGUGUUAAUAUUUGACGCAAAGUGUAAGCUGACAACAGGAUGUAAGUGAUCCUCUAUUUCCUUUUGUACUCGCUUAUAUCCAUACCUGGAAUCUAGAGAACAAUAAUAUCCCGAAGAGAGCCCUGGAAAUAAUAACUAGCCAAAAGCAGAUUAUGCACCAACACAGAACUUUUAAGUCAUAGCGGUCCUUGUGGAAACAAAAAUACAAAAUGUACAAUAGCAUCAAUAAGAAGAAUCAGAUGUCAGGACAGGAGUAAAAAAAAAAAUCACUCAAGGUCAACUUUUCAGAGUUCCCUGGUUUACGUAUGUGGAAGUCACACAUUACUGAAUACAUGAUUACUAUUCUGGUUAGAUAUAUUGUAACACCCCAUAUUUUUUUUUAGAACAACUCUUGAAUGGACGUAUGGACUUUACCUUUCCUGGGUCGGUAGGAAGCCUGAACCGGUCCGAGACCUCUGGCUACCACCAACUCGGUAAUGUUACGAACCAGGAGGCAUACAGGUUUGGCAGUACCAGCUCCCAGUAUACAACCAUCUCAUCGGUACAAGGUGAGAAAUUACAGCGGGUAGAAAAUAUACAAGGGUCAAUAGUGUUAUUGAUGUAUUUGUCAUUCGUAACUCUUCCUUGCUCCUUAUUACUUGCUUUUUGAGUAUUCUCUUCAACCUAUUACCCAACUAGAUGUGUUGACCUCACACUCUUGUUUUCCUACCUUAAUUUCUCUUUCUCCCCUUCCAUCUACUCUCUUGUUCUCCUACACCAUUCGAGCCAUGUAAUACUCUCUCUGCCACAUAUAAUGGCUCCUACAAAGCCAAUCACACUUAACUUAUGGUUCGAUUUAUUUCUACAACUCCAUUUUUGCCCUCUUCCUUCCUCUGUUUUCUCUGCUCUCCAAAUUGUGAUACAACUUUUUUCCAAUCAGUUCCUCACUAUCUGUUGCUGUCUUUUUUUUUUUACCUGCCCUUCCCGCAGAGCGGGUUGGUGGGUCCUGGCCACGCAUACAGGUAAACCCUAGGAGAAAUCUUGCGUGCCCACUGGUGAAGGGUUUCCAACUCAACUGUUCUGCCCGGGACUCAAUUAUCAUGCCUGACAUUCCUAGAGCAACACACCUGGUGAUAGGUACCAUGGGAAUGUGCCAUGUCCAUGCUGAUUCAUCAUGCUGAUUCAUUUCAUGGAUGCUUAAACUCCUUCAGUGCUAAACCCUUGAGCAAUGAACCCUCAGUUCCUCCCAACAGGCCGUGCUGUGAACUGUAUUGAUCCUGAGUAUACCUCUACUCCUCUAUUCUCCUGAUAGUGAGCUCAAUUCAAGGAUACACAUGGAAACGGGGUUUUAUGGGGGAAACGUUGGCUUCAAAAGAAAAUGCAGUAUAUAGGGUACAUAAGGUAUACUCAGCAUUGAUAUAAAUGCAGCACAACAGUUUAUUAAGCGUGUCUAAUGCAUGGUCAUGCUUUUGCUCCCUAAAAGUCAGAAGAGUCUGCGAUACAUUGUAAUGUAUCUCUUAAAAGCCAUAUCUCCUCUUCAAGGGCAGAAAGCCUUUAGGACCACUGUGGGCUACCUCACCCAUGAUGCUUAUCCAUCCUGUGAGCAUCAUGGGAAACUUAGCUCACAACACAAAGGCUGGCCGCCGCUUGACAUUUUAUUAAUUUUAAUGUAUAUGUUUUCUUGUCUUGCACAAUCUCUGAACGUAUCGAAAAGGUAUGCACUAUUUUUUCAGCAGGAUGGGUGUAGCAAGGUAUCCCUUGAGUUAUUAAUUUGUUGAGCAUGAGGUUGCUGUAAGACAUGAACGAUAGUUAAAAAUGUAAAUAAAUUUGCUUCCCACCUUUUUUCAGAGACCGCAAGGUAUUGAAAUGUUAUAAUGUUAUGUGCGAUAUGAAUGUUGUGAAAUGUAGACAUAUGGUAUCCUAGCUUGAUUUGACUCUUUCAGUGCCACAGUGGAUGCACUUAUCUGGCACUCAAAUGGUUAAAUGUUUUGCAGACUCCUCUGAUAAAUAAGGGUUAACCUGAUGGCUGAAUGAUCACCCCAAGCUCAAACCUGCACGCAGCAAAAUCCCCCUUCCUACAUAGCCAAAGAGAAUACUCAUGCGACCAUCUCUGGGCAAGGAGGGUUAACCACGAGCUGCUAUAACCACCACAUCUUCAAACCCUGGACCUGAUCAUGCAUGAGGGUCCUACUGCGAGACAUAGGUGCCCUUAAAUGCCUUCCAAGCAUGUGUGUUUGUAAUGAGCAUUGCCACCAUAGGGGGUCACUUAAUGACAUGAAAGAGAGCUGCUGAAAGACAUUGUGGAGCUGAGCUGCUAAUCACUGUUCUGUUGUACAUUGCUGAGCACAAUCACAGAAACAGAACUGUUAAUUGACAUCUCUGACUUCAAGCAGGGUUUAAACAAUAGAGGAGCUUACAUUGUACAAGUGACCUCUUGUUUUCUGCAUGUCCUAGAGUCAGUUGGACAGAUACAUUCUGAGACAUUGCCAACAUUCCAUUAUACGUAAGCUGGACGGAUGAGGCCUACUUGCACUGUGCCAGUAAGGUCCAUUUGUGCCAUAUUUGCUAAGCCCCACUAAAACUCUUGUUCCAUUUUUCCCUUACUGCACAGGUGCAUCAGGACAAAGCAGACUAGGACUACCACCACUAGUACUUGGAGCUGGAAGGGGGCGCACUCACUCAGAGGACGUGAGGGAUGCCCUCAGUAGUCUUGAUGUUGCCAUACAAGGUAAGUCUAUCUGUAAGUGGUCUUUCCUUUUCCUGUUAAUCGGCAUCUCUGAAUACUGAGUUUAAAAUGUCUUUCUUACUAGGUUCCCGCCUCUCUCCCGGCAUUCCUGAUACGCCAACUCGAUUGGUGUUUUCAGCCCUGGGACCAACAUCUCUUAAAGUCAGCUGGCAAGAACCACAGUGUGAAAGAGCAGUGCUUGGGUACAAGGUGCAGUACCAGAUGCUUCAUGGAGGUAAGUGAUCCUGUGUAAGAAGAGUUAAAUUUUUUUUAAAUUUUAAUACGGUGGAAUAAUAUACCGGGCCAAUGUACAAUACCAUUUGUGCAGUUCUAAAUAUCUAAUUUCCCUCAUAAAAAUAAUAUUUUUUAUAUCCGCCAUAUAUAUAUCUAUAAUGCUGGUUCUGUUUUCGCUCAGGAUUAGCAUUUCAUACAGUGAUCUGACAGACUUGAUGUGAUAUAUUACGUAGUAUGCGGACAUGGAUUCUAUUCAUUUUUCCAGGUGAGACUCGGACCAUUGACAUCCCAAAUCCUCAUGAGAACUCUGUGGUGGUGGAAGACUUGCUCCCCAAUCACUCAUACAUGUUCCGAGUGAAGGCGCAUAGCGAGGAGGGCUGGGGACCUGAACGUGAAGGAGUUAUCACAAUUGAGUCACAAGUGGACCCCCAGAGUCCCCUCAGUCCCGUCCCAGGUAAUUAAUUAAUUAAUUUACCGUCUUAUUAAAUUAUGGCUGGAUUUGGGUGUGCAGUAGCUAGAAAGCUAGGCCAUUCACUCAUGUAGUGGGUAAGUCCCCAUUAUGGCAGCCCUUACCAGAAGGUAUUUUUAUCGUCCUUUCCUUGUAGUGUUUUGUAGUGCAACAUAGUAUGUAUGUAUCCUGACAGUUAUGGCUUUUUCUUUUUUUUUUCGCAGGCUCUCCUUUCACCCUAAGUACACCCAGUGCUCCUGGACCCCUUGUCUUUACCGCUCUCACCCCGGAUUCCUUGCAACUGAGCUGGGUACGACCCAGAAAACCCAAUGGGACUAUUCUGGGAUACAUGGUGACAUGUGAAAUGCUACACGGUGGGGGUAAGUGUGCUGUGGAGUUAUUGGGCUCCUGAAUACUGUACAGAAACUAAAUGUGGGGGAAUUGUAACAACACAAAUUAAUAAUGGUACAUUAAAGCCCAGGCAGUAAACAGUGAGGUGUAAACCUGAAUUAAGGUUCAGGUUUGGAAUUUAUCUUCAUGCAUCUCUUGCAGGUGAACCUCGAAACAUUUACGUAGAAGGUGAUCAAAAUGAGACCUCCUUAACAGUUCCUUUCCUGAAGGAGAAUCUUCCCUACAAGUUCAAGGUGCAGGCAAAAACCACACAGGGAUUUGGACCUGAGAGAGAGGGGAUAAUUACUAUUGAAUCCCAGGAUGGAGGUGAGUGGCACAAUUAUAAAUAAAAAAAAAAAAUGAUGCCAUAUACUCCACUACUGUGACAUUGUGUUUUCCUGCCAGAUUUUCCAACCAACUAAUUUCAACAUCAACCUUUGUUUCAAAGAGUUUCCCAUUUUUAAAUCUGUUGCCAAACAGAUUUAACCUAUUUUUGUAGCAAAAAAAAAAGUGCACUGGUCCCAGAAGUACUUCCUAGCAUUGUGGGGCUAUGAUGUCACUCAGAGAAGGAUUAAGAUCCCAUGGGGCCCUAGGCAGGUUACUAGUUUGGGGCUGUUUCUUCAUUCUUCUCAAAGGGAUGGUUAAUGGGGCCAAGCACAUGCUUGAGGUCUGGUACCCUUGUCUAAUCCCUGGGCCCAAUGCAGCCACCAUAUGGUUUAUUCAGCUCUGAUGUCACCUGAACAUGGGAGUGACAUCAUGAUGUAUUUCAUACAUGCCUCCUAUGUGUUACUCAUAUCAGUAAGAACUUCAGUAAUGUUUACUAGGGUAAGAGAAUGAGGAACUGUUACAUCAAUUCCACUUUAAAUCCCUCACUCGCCAGAAUUGUGUAAAAACUUUCAUUUACUUUGCAAAAACAAUUUUAGCCCAUCAAGCCUCAUUCACAGCCAGCUACCCUCAUUUAUACUUUAGGAAUGCUUGCCAGCUGAGCCUGUAGAGGAAUUAAUUUCUCUGGCAGGGACCACUGGCCACUCAUUUAAUGUCUGCAAGUGUGCUGAAAGUGUCAGCUUCCCACUCGUUUCAAACAGUAAAUGAAGUUUCAUAGGGGAUACUAUUCCCACAGUUUGAGGGGACUGAAUAAGCUUUCCCAUUUUACUGCUAGCACUAUACUGGCAUACCAGAGACUGAUUGAGAUUGCAAUUGCUUUUUUAAAUAUAUAUAUAUUUUUUCCUAUAAACGUAAUUUAAUUGUAUUUACGAUAUGUGGUCAUUGUUCUCAAUUACAAACAUUCCUUUUUCAUAUAAUGUUGCCAUUUUCUGUAACUUGUAUUGCUAGUAAUGCCUUAUAAGCAGGGUAUUUAACCACUUGUAUGCAUCUAUUUUGUCACACUUACUGUAUGUGUUAAAAAUGUAUAUAUACACGCACACCCUGAGAGGUAAUUUUAUGCACAUAAACGUUCAUUUACCAUAAUCGCAGGAUAAGCAUUGGGAAAAUAGAAAUAUGUUCUUUCAUGUUAAAUUGCAUCAUCUGUGCCAGUGACUUCCAACAAUAUCGGUUUAUAAGUCAGUGUAAUACUGGAUACUACAUAAAAUGAUGUCAAGAUACAGAUUUGUCUCAGUGAUGGUGUUUGAUUGCCUCUUUCCUCUUCCUUACAUGCCACAGGAAGUUUCACUCAGUUUGGUGGGCAGCAGAUGACACGACGUGAGAUAUUUACCCUGCCUACGGAAUACAGUCAGAGCACAGUCACCCAUUCCACAGAGCCCUACUUUUCAGGUGAGACUAAAUUGUAAUUUGAACCUCUGUCUUAGUGUAUGAUAGUCCAGUAUCUUCCUUGCCUUCCAAUGGACGAUGUACUGGAUUUAUUUUACGUGGCUAUUAGUCUCCCCCCUGUGGCUAAAACUAUGCAUGUCUAAAAUAUAAAAUCAUAGUAUAUAUGUUACAAUGUCUAAGCACUGGUAUCUUCCAUUCUUUUUAGAUGGCUCACUGGUUAGCACUCGCCGUAUGGAAAGCUCGGGAACUGUUACACAGCAGGUCACCAAAGAGUAUGUCACACGGACCAUGAUGUCAGGAGGUUCUCUCAGCCGGCAGGUGGAACGCCAAUUCUAUGAGGCUUAAAACUACCCGCAAGCUUGUGCACCAUAAUCACCUAUCACAUGUGGACAAUGGGUCAUCACCUUGCUCAUCACUUAAGGGUGACAUUUUGUCACCGCUGCCUUUAACCCUUUUACUGCUGCAAGAGUAUGUUAUGUGCUUACGCUCAUUCAACCCCCAGUUCGUACACCGAAUGUGUUUUUCGUAAUUAGAAUUCUAGAAAAGGAAAACACUUCAGGGUGGCAGAACCAGUAUCAAAAUGUCUUUACUGGGAUUCUUUGAUGGAGUGAUUAUUGAGAUUACUACACCGGUCACAAUAACCCCUGCACUUUACAGCUUUUCGAUUGCUGCCCUUUAAGGGACGCUAUGUACUGAGUUUUACUUAAAUAUUUUUUACUGUGUAAAUAUUAACUUGCCAUUUUAAACAUUAAGGUGUAGAGGAAAAAAAAAGAACUAUGUACAUUUUAUGAGAAAAUAUUGUAGAAUCUGGGAUGACUUUUCCAAAAGGAGUAUAAAAAAAAGUUAUACAGACCAAAUGAAAUAAUUUUAACGUGUGUCAGGAUGUCCUGAAGAGAAACUGCUUUAAAGGUGCUUUGAUUUUUAUCGUUUUGUUACAAGGGAUAUUGGUACUGGGGGCUUGUGAGGUCAGGGCUGGAGUUUAAUCCAAUAUACCUUAAGGGGCAUGACUACAGGAUCCCCCCAGAUCCCAAAACAAACAAACACAAGUGGAUAGAGAAGGAGAAUAAAUGGGAUUGGUGGAGCCAUAAGUCUUACCCCAUUUUCCAGAUACUUCCUGUUCCCAGAAAAAUGCCCAUUGUCUCUUAGCGCAACUCUGGUUUUGAACCUUACAUAUUUUGCUAAAAGUGAUCUUAAUAGUUACAUUGAUACAUUAUAAUGUUUAUUAUUAUUGCCAUUUAUAUAGCGCCAAAAGAUUGUGUAGCGCUUUACAAUAUUAAUAAUGAUGUUCUUUUACCAAACACAGUGUAGGUAGGUAGGCAGGACGGACAUCCACAUUUAUCACCAUUUGAUCAAUGACCAAAAUAUAGGUGGGACUAGAACGUAAAUUUCGGACUUGAUGGGUAUUAUGUAAAACAGCAAUUGAGGGACAGAUGUAGAAUCCUGAAGCAAUCGUGUGGAACCAAUGAAAUGCCUCUAGUCAUUGCCUUGACUUUUAAUAAAUUGUCAUGGCAUUUUCUUUUUCUAAAUAGGUUUCCUUGUGUUUUACAUAAAAAGAGAAGUGGUGUCAAGGCCUUACAUUUACAAUUAUUUAUAUAGCGCCAACAUAUUCCACAGCCCUACAACUCUCCCAAAGAGUUGACCAUAAAUGGUCUUAGAGGUUUCAAACCUACAGCAUCAGGCUGAACAUGUAAGUAAAACAAAAAAAAUGUGUUUAUAAUAAACCCAAAGAAUAUUAAUAAUGUGGUGAGGAUUUUGAAUGUAAAAGUGAACUAAAGAACUAAACAGUAUUUUCUUUUUUUUCUAUUGUGGUGAGGAAAUAGUGGGACAUUUUCUUCCCUUUGACACAGAAAUGAAACAAUAAGAAUGUUUGCCAAUCAGUAUCACAUACUGCGGUCACAUCUAGAUGUGUAGAGAAAAGACAUGUUUAUUUUAUAUUAGGAUGGCAUGACAUCAUACUCCAGAUCACGUUUACAAUGGCAGCACCCCAGCGCCUGAUGAUGGUUUGGUAAUGUAGAAUGUUGGCGAACCUCUGUAUUUCUCCUGUGGGCAGAGACAAUGGAGGGUUACUAAAUAACAUAGAACAAGGGAUGGUCACAUGUAUGUUGAAAUGAUUCUUCAAGUGUCAUUGCUUUCUGCUUAGUUUACAGAUUGCCAUUUUUAAAAAAAAGCUGGUUAACUCUUUGUGAUAAUAAAAUGCAUUUUCAUACAAGUGUUUUACAUUCGUAUUAAAUCUGAUUUUGUUUAAAAUCUAAACACUAAGAAGUAGAUCCCACAAAGUCCAGAAUUGGCCACACUAGAAGUAAACCCAGAAAAUGCCUUUAAGGCAGCUCCUUCGAAAUACUUUGGUUAUUUAUAAAAUACACAACAUGGUAAAACAGACCUCAUAUGUGACAAGGAAUACGGACAUAGACAUACAAAAAAAAAAUCUAACAAUGUAACCCUAAAUCCCUGCACCUAAAAGAAUGGCGGGAAGGGGCGGAAAAAGUAGGUAUAAGGCCUAGAAGGGCACAAGACG